AUAUAUAGGAUUAUUGCUUCAUUUAGCAGGGCCUGUUAGAUUUAAAAUACGGUAGUUUUGUGGCUUUUUUAAAAAAAGUUUUGUGCAGUUCGAACCGUACACCGACUUCGACAAGGCUAUGAGAGAACACGGUCUACACAGAGGGGGCAUAUUGCACGAAACCGUCUUUACGUAUCCAGUAAUGCUUCAACGGUCAAAGUACAGUAGAUUCAGAAAUGACUCAUUAACCUCUACGGAAGAUGGUACGCAGAGCGUAUCUUUAAAUGCCAAGGCUGGGGCUGACUGUCACACAUCUGCUACUUCCUCUUUACCCCUUGACAGUAUUGCCUUGGUAACUCCGGAUACUUCAACAACGCUAUGUACCUUAAUACCGAAAAUGUCUCAUUUUAAAAUUUCAAGCCCAGUCAACUUGCUGGGUUUCAAACACUUUUCUCUGGGGGCCAAAGAAACAUCAAAAGUGAAACUGCCAGAUAACUCUACCCUAAUGGAUCAGACAACAUCUGCAGAGACCGCUUUAAACAGCUCCUCACAAGCUACUCUUUCAAGACAGGGUGUAGAAAUGGACGCGAAUACAAAGAACCAAAAUGAUUGCCUUCUGAUGGACAUUGAAAAACCACCACUUGCUAAGAGGCAGACUUGUGCACAGCAGAUAGGUCGAAACAAUGGGAGCCCCGGUCUCUCCUACUACGUCAUAGUGAGUAAUUAAUUGUUCAAACAUGAAUAUAUUACAGAGCAAAAUAUUGCUAGUUUACACCUGUAAUGUGUACAGGUCUGUCGAUCACAUUAAAUUAAAUAUAAGUUCACGGGGCCAAUUCUUUAGUUUUGCAAAGACAGUCACAGUGCGGUAUUGAUUCAGUUCGUGGCUUACGCAGAAGCCCAUUGGUAUAAAAGAGUCAUUUGGUAUCUGUCUAUUUUUCCAUUUUUUGUAUACAUGUAUAACAUAACGUAUAUAAAGGAAAAAGAAAAAGAUCGUUAAGUAGGUACAAGUGAGGUGUGUUUCCGUGUGGUUUUUGAGACGAGUGAUCAUUGCUCUUGUUUCUAAUACCCUGUUUUGUCGUUUUGCUAGUGUUUCCCUGUCCGGGCCCAGGUCCCUGUGAUCUGCACUUUCUCUGGGAUGCUGAGCUAUUUGAUAAUUUUCGUUGUAGUCCCCCCCCGGUGAGCGGGUAUUAUAUAUCGAAUUGUUCCCAUAACACCCACACUUUUUGGAAGGUGGUCGUGGUGUUUCGGACUUGGGCUGUCAGUUUGUCCAUUAGGCAGUUGUCUCUAAUUUGUGUCUGCACUAAUGUAAGAGGUGGGGUUUCAGGUUUUAUCCAAUGCUGCGCCAGCGCUCUUCGUGCUGCUAGAUUUAGCAUAUUUAAUAGUCUCUGUUCGUGUUUGUCUAGUCCGCCGGUCGGUCUGGAUAGUAGGCAUGACCAUAGUUCCAGGGUUAGUCUUUUUUGUAAUAUGUGGGAGUUCAUUUCUGUCACUUCUUUCUAGUACGCGCGUAUUUUGGAGCAUUGCCACCACAUGUGGAUGUCUGUGCCCUUUUCUCCACACAGUCACCACCAAGUGUCUGUGGGAAAGAUUCCCAUGUGGCAUUGUUUGACCGGGGUGAUGUACCACCAGAAUAGUGUUUUAUACGCCUGCUCCUGUAGUGUGGUGCAUAUGGAUACUUUGGAGCACACUUCCCAUAUUUCUUGUCAGUCUGUUCCUUCUAAGGUCUCUCCCAAGUCUGCCUCCCAUCUGUCCGUGUAAUGUAGUGUGCCCCAUUCCCCGGAUUCUGUUCCUAUGUGGCUAUACAUGAUAUAUAUCAAUUUUGCAGGCAUGCAUUCUUUGAGGCAUAUGCGUUCGAAAAACGUCAGUUGUUUAGUUAUUGCUGUCUUAACUUCCUUGGUUUGUGCGAAGUCACGAAUUUGUAUAUAGCGGAAGAAAUCUCGGGUUGUCAGAGGUGCGAGGGAGUUUAGGUGGUCGUAGGUGAUUAUUAACUUGUUGUCUUGGUAUAGAUGUUUUAGAUCAGCUGCAAGGUGAGGAUCAUGUGAUUUAUACUUAAUAUCAGGAAAUUUUUAUUUACCCACUAAAUGAACCAAGGUAAGAAAAUACACAUUAGAACCGUUUAAAUGGAUAAUAUUGAAUUGUAUAGAAAAUAUAUAUUUUUUUUAAAUAAAGUAGUAGAAAUAAAAGACUUUAAAGAGGAUGGUGAAGACUGAAACUUGAAUUGAGAAAAUAUUACUUUGUAGAAAGUAUAGUAGUAGAUACCAUGUCUAUAGACCUCUAGGGGAUAUAGCAGAGUCUAUUGCACUAAUAGAAGUCAGAAAAUAUUGGAAUAUGCUCAAAAGAAACUAUCCAUAAAGAAGCAAAAUCAGGUUUGGGUUUCAUUUUGGGCAAACCAGGUGGGACACUUGUUUUUUGUUUGCAGUCUAUUAAAUUUAUAUUUCACAGGUAAAAAAAAGAAAGAAAAACACAUAUAACUGCCUGAUUAAACACCUACUAAACUCUUCACUUUUAUUCCUCCAACACUUUAUCCUAAUAGUUAAAGGAUUGUUGCGUUAACUUGGAACUGACAUAGGAACUGCAGGUUUUAGGAAUACAUUGGUGAAGCGGGAACAUCCCAUCAUCAGAUCUGCACGAUUCACAUUUUAGUAAAUAUACCCCAAAUGUUAGAAUGUUUAUCAGAAUCAGUUCUAAAACUCAUAUGACUUCUAUUUUGUUCUCUUGGAGAGAAACGAUAAAAGUGCUUGAGGCUUUAUGCCCACAGAGAAUAUCCUCACUGCCUUAUUUAUCAACGAAAAACAAGACAAUAUUUUGGGGUAAGUGCUAAAUAUGGAGCAGUCACCAUGGAAACCAGUAGCAUCAGUCUCAUUGAGUAUUACUUUUCCUAAAAAACAUUGGCAUUCCAUAAUAAUAUCCUAAUUAGAUACAAAGAUGCAUUUAAGCGAGUGCGUCUAUUAACGUGUCUAUGGUAAGUUACGCUUUUCUGGGGGGUAAAUCAAUGUUUAUUGAGUUGUCCAAAUAAAUUUACAAGUCAUAUAACAGAAUAAGUGAGGCUUUUCAGUAAGCAUGGGGGGAUGUUUUGGAGAGGAUGGUUCUAACUAAAAAAAAAGAAGCUAUUUUAAAAUGAAAUUAGAAUUAUAUGGUAAGGUAAAAAAGAGAGUAUGCAUGAAGGUGAUCGAUACAUAUGUUAUCUCACAGUGAAAAACAAAAAAGGCCUAGCAAAAGUCAAAUCAAAGUAAACCAGUCCUUAUCUGGGUAGGAAAUCAGGGGACUGAAACAAGCCAGUUGUUUUUUACUAUAUAUACCAUUAGGGAGAUCUGGAGACUUUAUAAUAAACCAUGUUACCAAAUGUGUGUGUGUGUAGUGGCUGGUUGUUGUGUGUGGAGAAUGGUGAAAGCUGUAUGGGGGUGGCUCAAAGUGUCUGUGUGUGCUAGUUGAGUGUUGCGUGUGGUGGAUGAAUUGUGUGUGUAGGGGAGUCUGAGUGUUGUGUGUGUGCCUGGUGCACCAGUGAAGUGUGAGCUGCAUCCCUGGUGGUCCAGUGGAGGGGCUCCAUCGUAUGCACCAAUAUCAGCUACAGAUCACUUUAAGGGGGCCAUCAUUGUAAUAGUGCUCAGACUAUGACACAGAGCCAAAUGCAGUGCUAUAAGUAAUCGAGACGCUACGGAGGACCAGUAUAGCACUCUGAAAGUGGACUGUACAUGAUAUUGGUACAGACCACAAUGUUCCCUCAGCAAAGUUAAGGAGGCACAAGGCCAAGCAGGGAGAUCUCUUUUAGAGACAAAUCUCCCCUCAUUUAAUCCUCCUCCACUUCCCCAGCUUUAAUCCUCCUCCACUUCCCCAGCUGCCGGUGGGGGGAUGCAUGGGGAGGUCAUGGGUGGCCUGGAAAAGAGGCAUGCCGACUCUGGCUGCCUAUUGCCAGCAUGCUGAUGACAGACACCAAAUUCAUACAUAAUUUAUAUUAAUAUAAUUAUUAUUUAUAAAGCGCCAACAAAUUCCAUAGCUCUGUACAAUUGGUGGACAAACCAACAAGACGUACUGGAUAGAGGAUGUUGAGAGCCCUGCUCAAACGAGCUUACAUUCUAGAGGGAUUUGCCAGCCCAGAACUCUUGUUCCACUCUGGCUAAUGACUCCCCAAUGAUCCUGCUGGAGUUGAAGUUCCACCUCCAUCUGCAAAUUCUGUGUUAAAUAGUAAAAUACUAUGGAACAAUGCACAUACAGACUCCAGGCACCAUUGUCAUUACGUGGUCAUGGUGCUUGGAGUAAUCCUUUUAGCAAAAUAAAGCAUGUUAUUUACCUUAUUUGUCCCAGUGUACCAGUCUCACAGUGGCCUUCCCCACCUCCACUGGAUGAGAUCAUCAAUACUAAUGACCUUGGCCAAUCCAAUGCUUCUCCUUAGGGAAGCAUUGUGAGGUUUAGUGCACUGCAGCAAUCAGCAUCUCCAUUGACUCAGUGUAUCUCUAUGGGGAGUGUUUGGUGACUCCAUUCAGUGUGGUAACGCCGAACUUCGGUCCAGCAAUUUUUGUAGGACCUCAACCAGGAAAUACCUUUAGAGACUGUCCAAGUGACUGACACUAGAAGUGGCAUUAGCUAGCAGUGUAAACGUUUCCUUUUUACUUAGACAAGUCAUUGUUUACACUGCUGAGCCUGCAGGGACAGUCUCUUUGUCCCAAAACCACUACAUUAAGCUGUCCCACGUGCAGUGGCGUACCUAUGCUAUGGCAGGUAGGGCACCUGCUCUAGGUUCCUCCCCCAGCCCUACCACACUCACUCCCAACCCUGUCCCACUCACAACCCCUCAUCCUGUCACAAUAAGUUACUAUCACAUCCCCCCAACCCUAUCACACUGCCCCCAACUUUGUCACACUCACCACCCCUCAUCUUGUAACAAUCACUCACAAUCACAUUCACCCCUUCAGCCAUAUCACACUCUCCCAAAGUCACACUCACUUCCCCUCUCACCCUGCCAUACUAAUCCUGUACCCCUCACCGUUCCAAAUUCACCCCCUCUUACCUUGCCACACUCACCCAUCUCCAAUUCUGUCACUCUCACCUUCCCAACCCUGUCAUACAAAUUCCCCUCACUCUGUCACAUUCACCUCCUCAACUGUUGCCCUCAUCCCCCUCACCGUGUCAUACUAAUCCCCCAAAAGCUGUCACUCCCUCCCACACAUGAAGCACAGCCUGAGCAUAAACAUAAAGCAACAAAAUCCACAAGCAGCUCCCCUUACAAGCAACACAACGCAAGCAACUAUCCCACACAUACACUCCCAGAUAAAGACAUACACAUGCACACUGAAACAGAAACACACAUUCACACACAACAAUGCUCAGGCACAUACAAAGGUACACAAUGCAAAACACACAGAAACACAGGAGCUGGCCACCUCAGGGCCCCCCGAGGCUGGCCCUGGUGUCACCGGGCUCGCUGGCACGCGCGCGAGGGAGCACUCUCCCCUGAGCGCUCUCUGCCCAGCUCCCUCUCGCACCGCAGUGAUGCCAGAGCCGGAAUAUGACAGCUAGACAGCCCGGUGACUGGCCACCCAGCAGCACCACUGGACCCCAGGGAAUCCCCUCAGCUCUCCCAAAGAUAAGGAGGCUGGGGGAUAAAAAAAUUUAAAAAAUGUGUUAGUGUGUGUGUGUGCUAGUGUUAGUGUGUGUGUAUGUUAGAGUUAGUGUGUCUGUUAGUUUGUGUGUCUGUUAUUGAGUGUGUGUCUGCUAGUGAGUGUGUUAGUUUGUGAGUCUGUUAUUGAGUGUGUGUCUGCUAGUGAGUGUCAGUGAGUGUGUUAGUUUGUGUGUCGGUUAUUGAGUGUGUGUCUGCUAGUGAGUGUCAAUGUGUGUGUUAGUUUGUGUGUCAGUGAGUGUGUUACUGUGUGUGUCUGUUACUGAGUGUGUUAGUGUGUGUCUGUUAGUGAGUCUGUUUGAUGUGUGUUAGUGAGUGUGUGUUUGUCAGUAAGAGUGUAUGUUUUGUAAGUGAGUGUGUAUGUGUGUCUGUCUGUCAGUAAGUAUGUAUGUAUGUCGCUGAGUGUGUCUCUGUCAGUAAAUGUGUGUGUCUGUUAGCUGGUGUGUAUGUGUCUGUUUGUGAGAGUGUGUGUGUUUAAAACCCCUUCAGCACUUACCUUUCUCCAGUGCCAGAUCCCUCCGCCCCGAUCCGCCUCUCAGCUCCGAAUGCGCAUGCAAGGCAAGAGCCGUGCGCGCAUUCAAACCGCCCAUAGGAAAGCAUUACUCAAUGCUUUCCUAGGGACGUCCAGCGUCUUCUCACUGGGAUUUUCAGAAUUGCGGAAGCGCCUCUAGCGGCUGUCAGUGACUCCCUCGCGCGCACGACAGCCAGACAGCCUGGUGACCGGCCGCCCAGCAGCACCACUGGACCCCAGGGAAUCCCCUCAGCUCUCUCAAAGGUAAGGAGGCUAGGGGAUAAAAAUGUUUUUUAAAAAAAAAACAUGUGUUUGUGUUAGUGUGUGUGUGUGUUAGUGUGUGUGUGUGUGUUAGUGUGUGUGUGUGUGUGUGUGCUAGUGAGUGUCAGUAAGUGUGUUAGUUUAUGUGUCUGUUAUUGAGUGUGUGUCUGCUAGUGAGUGUCAGUGAGUGUGUUAGUUUGUGUGUCUGUUAUUGAGUGUGUGUCUGCUAGUGAGUGUCAGUGAGUGUGUUAGUUUGUGUGUCAGUGAGUGUGUGUGUGUGUCAGUGAGUGUGUUACUGUGUCUAUCUGUUACUGAGUGUGUUAGUGUGUGUCUGUUAGUGUGCAUCUGUUAGUGAGUCUGUUUGAUGUCUGCUAGUGAGUGUGUGUUUGUCAGUGAGUGUAUGUUUUGUGAGUGAGUGUGUAUGUGUGUCUGUCUGUCAGUGAGUAUGUAUGUAUGUCGCUGAGUGUGUCUGUCAGUAAAUGUGUGUGUCUGUUAGCUAGUGUGUAUGCGUCUGUUUGUAAGAGUGUGUGUGUUUAAAACCCCUUAAACACUUACCUUUCUCCAGAGCCAGAUCCCUCCGCCCCGAUCUGCCUCUCAGCUCCGAAUGCGCAUGCUCAAUGCUUUCCUAUGGACGUCCAGCGUCUUCUCACUGUGAUUUUCACAGUGAGAAUUGCGGAAGCGCCUCUAGUGUCUGUCAGUGAGACAGCCCCUGGAGGCUGGAUUAACCCUUAGUGAAACAUAGCAGUUUCUGUCAUCAGUACGCGGCGCGCAAGGGAGCUGGGCAGAGAGCGCUCAGGGGAGAGUGCUCCCUCGCGCGCACGACAGCCAGACAGCCCGGUGACCCCGGGGAAUCCCCUCAGCUCUCCCAAAGGUAAGGAGGCUGGGGGAUAAAAAUUCAAAAAAAACAUAUGUUAGUGUGUGUGUUAGUCUGUGUGUGUGUGUGUAUGUUAGUGUUAGUGUGUGUUAGUGUGUGUUAGUGUGUGUGGGUGUGUUAUUGUGUGUGUGUGUGCUAGUGAGUGUCAGUGAGUGUGUUAGUUUGUGUGUCUGUUAUUGAGUGUGUGUCUGCUACUGAGUGUCAGUGAGUGUGUUAGUUUGUGUGUCUGUUAUUGAGUGUGUGUCUGCUAGUGAGUGUACGUGAGUGUGUUAGUUUGUGUGUCUGUUAUUGAGUGUGUGUCUGCUAGUGAGUGUCAGUGUGUGUGUUAGUUUGUGGGUCAGUGAGUGUGUGUGUGUCAGUGAGUGUGUUACUGUGUGUGUGUCUGUUACUGAGUGUGUUAGUGUGUGUCUGUUAGUGAGUCUGUUUGAUGUCUGUUAGUGAGUGUGUGUUUGUCAGUGAGAGUGUAUGUUUUGUAAGUGAGUGUGUAUGUGUGUCUGUCUGUCAGUGAGUAUGUAUGUAUGUUGCUGAGUGUGUCUCUGUCAGUAAAUGUGUGUGGCUGUUAGCUAGUGUGUAUGGGUCUGUUUGUGAGAGUGUGUGUGUUUAAAACCCCUUCAGCACUUACCUUUCUCCAGCACCAGAUCCCUCCGCCCCGAUCCACCUCUCACCUUCAAAUUUUCACAGUGAGAAUUGCGGAAGCGCCUCUAGCGGCUGUCAGUGAGACAGCCCCUAGAGUCUGGAUUAACCCUCAGUGAAACAUACCAGUUUCUCUGAAACUGCUAUGUUUUCAGCUGCAGGGUUAAAACUAGAGGGACCUGGCACCCAGACCACUUCAUCGAGCUGAUGUGAUCUGGGUGUCUGUAGUGGUCCUUUAAGUGUGUGUGCAUCUGCAUGCACUGGCUUACAUAACGCGGCUGGCUUACAUAACGCGGUCGUAGGGGUCGCAGCCCUGCGACCCCUGCAACCCCUGCGACCAGGUGCCCGCUGCCAUGUGUUGCGGCCCGGCCCGUGCAGAGUAAGCGCGGGGGGCAGGCCCACGGAUAAAUUUUCGCACCGGGGCCCCAUGGGUCGUGUGUACGCCACUGCAGGUACAUAAUGCUAGACAAUGUAGAGAGGGCAAGAACGUUUUUUGGGUCCCCUCUAGUGCAAGGGUGGCCAAAAGGUAGAAUCUAAUCCUACAACUCCAAUGAUGCUUUAUCAGCUGGGGAUCAACCAUUUGCCCAUUCUUGUUCUAUUUGUGAGCAGUUGUUUGUGCGUUUAAAUGUACGCAUGUUUUUGUAUGGAGUAUAUGUGUGCAUGUAGGGAUGUAUUUGUAUGUACUAUUGCCAUUGGAAUGCAGUUGUGUAUUUCUGAGUAGUAUUUGUGUUUGAAUACAGGGGUGUGUUUGUAUGUAGUGUUGCUUUUCAAUGCAGUGUCCUUUAUUGUGUUGUGUUGGUGUUUGAUUGAAGGGGUGCUUGUUUAUCAUUUUAGCGAGGGGGAUCAGCGCUGGCAGCAUGAGGUUUGCACCUCUGGCACGUGCAGACCUCAGUAAUGACUUCCUUUAAACAGGGGCCGUGAGGAGUGCAAUUUCAGUGCCCGCUAUAGAGGCUAUCUUCAGUAGAUACCCUUACCUUUAUCUUUUGUAUCACUUUACCCCACUCCCUCUCGCACGUAAGCUCAUUGAGCAGGGCCCUCAACCCCUCUGUUCCUGUGUGUUCUACUUGUUUGGUUACAACUACAUGUUUGUUAGUCCUCCCAUUGUAAAGUGCUAUGGAAUUUGUUGGUGCUAUAUUAAUAUUAUAAUAAUAAUAAUAAUAAUAAUAAUAAUAAUAAUAUGCCUCUGCCCACUGGUGGCUGAUGUCACACAUACAUACACACACCAUAAGAACCUUUUCUUUUUAGUUAUGGGAUUAAUUAUUUUAACUCUAAUUAUCUAAGCUUGAGCUAGAAAUUAUCACUGGGUUUAACAACAAAUGUUCUCUGUAGAAUGUGAUGAUAAAACUAACUUUUAUCACAGGAAUCAGAAUUCUUCCUAUUUAGAUGACCUGUGGUAAAUAUCUCAAUGUACUAUUUGAAGUGUAUACAUUAACCUUGAGUGCUAGGAGAUUUGUUUGUCUGACUACUUUAAGUUUGGAAAUGUACAUGUAUUGACAUCACGAAAAAAUAUAUAUGAACCUUUAGAUCCAAGUAUCUCAAGGUUGCUUGCUGGAGCUUUGGGAAAUGGAGGUGCAUUUGAUCUAUAAAAUACAAUCUACUGAAAGUGAGGAUAAGUCAAUAGCAGCACAUAGUCUGUCUUGGAAGUGCACCUAACAGAACACAGGACAUACAGGACACCCAUCCCUGAUUGAGCAUAUCCUGGGAGGAAUUGUACCUCCAUUGUGUAUAAUUACCUAUGCUAUAAUUAUGUGUACAAUAUAUUGUAUCUUGUUUGAUGGGUUUAAUUAGAUAAGUUGGUGUGUACGUAAAAGACCCUGGUGUCCAUUGAAUAGCAAGUUCUGGUUACUUGGAGAUCACAAUUUCUUAUUAGAAUAUAAAUUCAAUGGUGAAUAUUCAGUGGUGAAUUGGAGAAUUGCUCCAUCUUAUCUGCUCUGCUCAAAAUAUUGCUAAGGUUUUUCAAAUUACCAUAAUUGCAUAUGGGCCUCAAUGAGUUCUCACAAACACUAGUUCUAAACAGAUCCAAGUUCUCCCAUGACUCAAACAGUCCUAAGAUAAUUUGGUUCUCUGUUUUCCAUGUUCCUUGAUACACUGUAUAUCGACUGGGCCGUGAGUUACAAACCUACAAUAUUCUGGUCCUACCCUCAUUGACUGUCCACACUGCUAGAAUAUAAAGCAUUCCUGUGUUCCUUUCUUUCCCCGUCCAGUACAUGUUGACUUUGUGUUUUUCCUUCUCUCCAAUGUAUCUUUUGUUUGGUAUAUGGAUUUCUGUUUCCAGUGGCAACAUUAGAAUGUUAGUUUGUUUCUCAAACAUCAGCUCUCUUCCUUUUCUAAACCUUCACUGAGUUUUAUCUUAAAUGAUGGCUGAGCACAACCAUCACUCACGCGGUCAAUGCGGUUUUGUAAGUUGCCUGAACUUAAAGUGGAGAUCACCUACCUCACUGUAAUAAACACAGAAAAUACAACAAAGCUGUAUCUAUAUGCCAUUCUAAUUAAUUAACCUCUAGUCAGGAUAAAAUAAACUACUGAAAGGAAUUAAACAGAGAGAGAUAAAUCAAAGUAAAGUAUAAGGAAUGCACUGUAGGUGGGCAAAACGUUUUUUUAAUAUUUUCAAAGUAUACUGCAGUUCUUUGUGUGUUAAUAUGAAUUUUAGUUAAAGAUUACUCCAACCACCAUGACCACUUCUGCAUUUAGAAGUGUUCAUGGUGGUCUGUAUGUGCAGCAUUUCCUCUUGAGACACUGCACAUAUGGAGAAAUAUUUUGUGCCGGAGCUAAUUGUACCCCUGGCACAUGUGACUCUGCUGGUGACAGCCAUUAUCAGCUUCUAUCCUUGCAGGCAGUGUCUGCAGAGGGAAGCUUGAAUGUCCCUUUCCUUUGUCUCUCCCUUCUUUAUUUUAGCCCUCACUGCCGUUCCCUCCUCCCUGCAAUAUUCAAAGCAUGCUUUUUGUUUUUGUUUUGUUUUUGAAUAUUCCCUCCCUCCAUUGUCCACCUCCCAAAUCCUUCAGUCCCUAAAAUGGUCAAAUUAAAUGCAUCUCUAUGAGAAGCAUUUGAUUGGACCUUAUGAGAGAGGCUGUGAUGUCGACGGGGGAGUGCAAAACAAAAGCAGAGGAUUUUCAGUGCUGGAUUCUAGGUAAGUUUGUAAUGUAUUAUUUAUAACUUGUUUAAUAGAGUGUUAUGGGGUGGAGGGCUAACUACUAACUAGUAAGAACAUAAUUCACAUGUAUUAAGAAUAGAUCUGGAAGGAACAAUCUUAAAGGACACCGUAUAUGCAAGAAUAACUUUAAGAGCACAAUGCACAAAAGCACAUAAAUAAAAAUAAGGCAGAAGGGGGCGCUUGGCACACGUGACUGAGGGCCUGAUAGCUGGAUGGGGUGCGAAAGCUUGCCCUCUAUGCCGCCAGGUGCGCUACCCCUUCACUCGGUUUGCCUGGGCUAGAGAGCUUAUCACCUCUGGUCUGAAGCUCUGACAGGUGCAGAGCUGCAGACCAUGGGGUAGAGAUCUUACGAGCUCGGUCAAUCAGAACGUUGCUGUGUGUUACCAUGGCAACACUUCAAGUGCUGGAGCUUGUGAGAUCUCAACCACACUGCCUACAACUCCGCGGAGCUGCAGACCAAAUAGCAAUUCCACAGGACUACCAGGGAGAAAGACACUGGACCACCUGGGAAUCGAUUAGUAGAUUUAAAAAAAGUAUUUCAGUAUGGGGAGGCUGGUCACUAACAUACAACCACCUUGCACACUGCCACCCCCCAACACACUGUCACUGUCACCCUCCAACACACUGUCACCUGCACACAUAUUGUCAAAGCAAAAACAGCUGGGGCUUAUAGAUGGAGAGGUAGAGCUGUUGCCAUAAAAACAUGCAUAUCUGGACUGGACAUUUGUAAAGGGGAGGAGUUCAUAAGAUGACCACGCCCACUAGGGGAUACACAAAAAACAACAACAUUUGCACCCAUGCGCCCAUGACCCAAGGAUCAGCCCUAGUAGUUAAUACCCCUGUAUGACCCUACGCUUAUGGAUCACUUGCAAGAUGGAGAGGCACAUUGGCAUAAACCCAUACACACUGCUUUACAUUCCCCGUAAAUACCGCUGAGCAGUACUUUAUAUAUACAAUCAUAAAAGUAACAGGCAUCAUUCAAAGACCUGUACAGCCCUUUAUUAGUUGAAAAUGAUAUUUCUGCACAAUAUCUCUAGAGUUAAUCAAUUAAAAACUAGGUGCUAGACCACCUGUAAUAUCCCCACGUUGUGAGUAGGUGCUUCUAUUAGAAUUUAAAAACCUACUAUUGAUAAAUGAUACGAUUGACAUGUAUAAGUACAUAUAUAGAUAUAUUGUUAAAAUUCUGUAAUACACACCUAUAUAAAAGGGAACAGUUCAAAUAAAUUACUGUUGCUUUUAAAAGUUUCCUAAAGUGAAAGUCCAGAUAUUGUUUGAUGAUAAACUGGUAAAAAAUAAAUACUAAGCAUUAGGCCAGGGGUAGGCAAUGUUCGGCACUGCAGAUAUUUUGGACUACAUCUCAGCUGAAGAUUUGCCAGCAUUAUGGCUGUGAGAGCAUUAUGGGAGAUGUAGUCUGCAACAUCUUGAGUGCCGAGGGCUGCCUACCUUUGCACAAACACCUCACAUCUAAAUGUAGAUCAAACAUUAGUCACUGGGAACUGGUCGAAAUUGGUACCUUCCUGGUGCUAGCUUAUUGUUACCAUUAAACAAAAACAGGAAGAGAGAUAACUUGAGUGAGUCAUACCAUCAAUGACUCAUACUUACAGAUAUAUUUUAUAGGAGCAUGGACUGGCCAAAUAUUGCACAAGAAGAGAUGACACAUGUUCUUACAUAAUACAAUCAAUUUCUAAAUAGAUCAUGAUUGCGUUUCAAAAAUUCUCUUUAGCAGGUAAAAUAAAUAAAUUUUGAGCUGUCAUUCAAAAAAUAAAAAAUAUGUAUAAUAUUUAUAAUGCUUUUAAUGGGCAAGAGUGAAGGAAAAUAAAGCAUAAACACCAGAAUAUGACUUAUUAGAGACGAUUACAUGAUUACAGUCAAAAGAAAAAAGGUUGAAUUUAUAUGUAAACAAUGACAACAAAGACUACGACAUGUCAUUUGUGACGUGAGAUCCAGGUUAACGCUAGCUCUGAACAUUAGGACGUAGCUAGUCCAAUCAGCUAAUCAUAUAGUUGUGGUUUCCAAGUGAGAUGGCAUAUUUGUUGGCCAAUCAGGACAUAGAAUGUUCAUGAGAAGAUGUGAAAUUAAAUUAUUUAUGUUUGGGUUUCAGGACAGAGUAUUGUCUGUGACCUACAAUACAGCCUUGUGCUUUUCAAGGUUGGGGUCGCAAUUAAGGUGACAAUUUAAAGACUUUCAUUCCCUGCACACAAUUAUAAUUUUUAUUGUAUUGUGCCACCAAAUAAAUACAAUUAAACAAAUAAAGUAACUGAAUAUUUUAUAUGUUAAUUUACCUGAAUUUGUGUUGCUUUAACUAUUCCUGACACUAAAUACUUACUUGAUUAAAUACUCUCUCUCAUCCCUUGAGAUCCAUCUGAUUGAAGUCACAAAUUCUAAUAGGUGAGUCUUACACAUUCACAGAAUGUCAUACGGGGGGGGGAGUGCAUCGACAACAUACGUCACAAUGUUCAUUAAUUGUAAAUAUUCCCACUGAAACCUAGAGCAAUUUUCUAUUCACCUUCAUUAAUUAAGGCGUUGAUUAGUCAUUUUCUUUUUACAUAAAGUAUAGGCAGAAAAUGUACAUCACCCAAAAUCAUUAUUAAAUAAAAACACAAAAACCUGAAAAUAUAUGUAAAUGGUGUGGUUUUAAUAAAAAUGACACAUAUGAGAAACAUGUCUUAGUAAUUAAAACAAAAAUGGGAUUUUGCGAUCUACUAUGGUUUACCUUAGGAUAUUGCUGCUACUGAAUCUUUUAUCUUAGCAAAGAUUGCGAAACGUGCUAAAUCUGUGGGUUAAAAGCACAUUCUGUAAAUAUAUAUAGCACCAAGCACUAUUCUUUAAUGGGUAUUUCUCAUAUUGAUUUUCUUCACUUAAUUUAGAGCAGCUUCCUACGCAUAGGCAAUAUAUGCAAGUGAGCUCUCACACAUUAUCAUAUGAUCUCAGAGCAUGACUCACCUACUCGUCUGAAUACUUCAUUUUAUCAAUGACAUAGGGGAGAUGCUGGCUAAGAGCUAAUACAGUUAGAAUACAUAAUGAAUAUAUAUACAAGAUGCGGCCUUCCAUUGUUUAGGGAGAAGCUGCAUGUCACCCUGUAGUAAUGGGGAACGUAAGCUUAAAGUUAAAAUAGAAUAGAGAAGGAACAAAACGUUUAUUAUUUUGUCUCUUUCAAGCAUUUAAUAUGUUUAGUAUUAUUUAAAUGAUAAUUGAAAUGUUCUCUAAGGCUGGCUGAAAAGUAGCUCUCAUGGGAACUCUGGCAAAUUAUUUACCCCUAUGGGAGUAGUGUAUCACAUUUUUGGGCAAAUGCCUUUCUCCCCAAAAAUGCCAAAAUAAAAAGAAAUGGAUUUACAUUGUGUUAUUGUUCUAUCUACAGUACAUGUGGGAAAAGAAAAUAAAGAAAUAAAGGUAUAGAAUGACCAGAAUAGAAUGGAAGCAGGGCUUAGUUUUUGGAUAACAAAUUGUAAAGGGAAUCAGGGGGUUAGGACAGGUGGCAAGGCAAAGCCUAACUUCAAAUAAAACCUGAUUUACAUUAUUUAAUAAUAUGUGAAAGCAGGGGAUUGGUUACAACCUUAAAAUGUUCUGCUUCCAAGUGCUAUAAGUUUGAAUGACAAAAUAAGGGAGAUGGCGUUAUUGGCGCAUGAUGUUUAGCAUGAUAUCAAACGUGUUGGGGUUAUAGUCAUUACUCGUAUAAAUCAAAAUAUGCUGGGUCAAGGAAUCACCGUGCAAAUUUGCUGCUGGCUGUUCCCCACCUGUAAUUUAUUCAUUUUACUUGUUAGCGUGUUUCUUACUCAGGAUAUGUGUUCUCCCGACCCCUUACAAAAAUAGUUUUGAAUAGUCUCCUGCUGCAACUGAGAUCUCAUAGAGAAACUUUGAAUCCCCUGCUACUCUAUGAGAAGCACUGAGACACCAAAUGUGAAGACUUUCUAUUAUUCAAAGUCUGCAAAAAUAAGUACCUUUAGUGGCUAUCUGAAUGACUGAUUGCCUGAUUGACAAUCACUAGAGAUAUCAUUACUGACAAAUGUAAACAUUGCCUUUUCUAACAAAUGACAGGGCUUUCGAUUGUCAGACUGCAGGGAAAGGAUCGAUGCAUUAAGAUCACUACAUACAAGAUGUAGUGGUUUUGGUGGUUAGAGUGUCCCAUUAAGGAUGCAUUUAAUCCCACAACUACAAAACACUCAGAAAGGGAAAUGGUACAUAUCUACCAAUCAGUGGUACCAGUCUUCAUUUUAUUUGCUUGUCCUAGCCCAAAACAUAAUGGGGCAGAACAGUGAAUCAAAUCUGAGGCUCCACGUAGUGCUUGGGAACAUCAUUUGCAUACAAUUAUUUUUUAGCUAUUAAAACAUGUUUAAACGUCCCGAGUCCUUUAUUGUCACUGUUAACAGAAAAACAGGUCACCUGUGUCUGCUCUUGAAUUUUUCACUGUAUGUUCGCCUUCGAGUGACCUUUCUGAACACAUACCAGUGAGAGAGAUACCACAUAUGUCUGGCUUCCACUCAGUGUGUGGAGAUUCUUUAUAAAUUAAUUUGGGUAUUUCAUGUUUUCAUUUGCUUUAUUAAGUAUAGUACAUUAGCAAGCUAUCUGAUUGUCCUCGCUAUGCAGGUGUUUUAUGGCGGUGUCUGUGUUCUGUGUUUCAGAGUAUACAUUCUCCUAGGUCUGUUCUACUGCUUCACGUUAAUUUGAGCACAACUGCUGGGUUGCGACGGAUGGGUCUUUUUAUUAGGAAACGGAAGAACUUUCAAUGUGAAUAUUAAUUCUAGAUGCCUAGAGGUUUCACAAGGAGGUAUUGCACAGACAGAGUGAAAAGCUUGACAUUGUUCACUAAGUUUCAGGAACACAUUAUGGAAGGAAUGACCCCCAAGCACCUAAUCUAAAUAAUGCACCAUCCCGUGUAGCAGGCUGAUAAAGUACAGGAUAUAUAGGAUGUGGAUCAUGCUGUGAGGAGAAGGAGAAGCUCUGGUGACCUUUACAGAUAAAUCAUUCAUGCAGUAUGUCUAUCUAUUUUUUUAAUGGCCCAUUUUAUAAUUUUAGGCCACAUUUUGUUUCAUAUUUGUCAUAAUUCAUUUCCACAGUUUUGUAUUCACCUUCAUUACUUUAUCUAUGUGUUCUUAUUGCCUUUAUAUAGAAGUGCAUAUAUAUAUUUGUCUGUCUGUCCAUCUAUCUAUUAUCCAGUCUGUCUGUCUAUCUAUUGAUCUAUCUUUCUAUCUAUUGAUCUAUAUUUCUAGCUAUUGAUCAAUUUUUCUAGUUAUCAGUCUCUCUAACUAUCUAAUAGUGUAGUUGAUGGAAGAAGAUGCCCAUUUAGAAAUAUUGUUCACUAUAUUUACUGAAUAGUUUAAUCUUGGCAGAAUGAUACAGAAAUCAGAUGACACAGUAGAUUAUCCAAUUAUCAACCAUUUACCACAAUAAACCGUGACAGAAGGAAUUUCUGCAAUUUCCUCUGGUUAAAGGACCACUCUAGGCACCCAGACCACUUCAGCUUAAUGAAGUGGUCUGGGUGCCUGGUCCUUCUAGGGUUAACCCAUUUUUUCAUAAUUAUAGCAGUUUCAGAGAAACUGCUAUAAUUAUGAAUGGGUUAAGCCUUCCCCCUAUUCCUCUAGUGGCUGUCUCAUUGACAGCCACUAGAGGCGCUUGCGUGCUUCUCACUGUGAUUUUCACAGUGAGAGCACGCCAGCGUCCAUAGGAAAGCAUUGUAAAUGCUUUCCUAUGUGACCGGCUGAAUGCGCUGGGCGGGAGGGGGACCCUGAGGAUGGGGGCACCCUCAGGGCACUAUAGUGCCAGGAAAACGAGUAUGUUUUCCUGGCACUAUAGUGGUCCUUUAAACUCCCAAUGAGGAAGCAACUUAUUGAUAUGGAUCGGCCCUUCCUUUCUUGGGUGCCCUGAUCAAUCUCCUCUCACCUGAUGGGCAACAGAUGAGUGGUUCAUAUCACAGUGGAUAAUGGGAAUUAAUGACAAAGAGGUCAGCUCAAUCCCAUGCUAAGCUCUGCAUUGAUGCUUAGAUACUUCUGGCUCUCCAGUGUUGGAAGUGGAGGAGGGGUGCAGCACUUAAAAAUGUUUUGACUCCUUACAAUGGGGGGUAGGUGGUUUGAAGGGGUGCCAAGUCACUUGUGGUACCAUAACCCCUACAACAAGUUACAGAUCUAUCUGUGCUAAAGAAAGUUCCACCAGUAUCAAGAGUGCAUAAUGAGAUCCAGGAAACCUACAUUGCUGUGGUACAUUAAGAUUAACGUAGAGAAACUCUGCUAUAAAAGUGAUGUAAGACAGAAUGCUGUCAUUGUGUACAUUGUGUAAUGCUUGCUGAUCCUAUCAUUUUUAUUUUUCAGUAUAUGGGCUGUAUAGAAGUUCUGCAGUCAAUGAGAUCCUUAGAUUUUGGCACAAGAACCCAAGUUACAAGGUAAUUUAUACUACGCAAUGGGACUAGUUAUUCAAGUGAUGGAGCAUUGGUUGGAGGGAGUCUGACAGUGUCUUACACAACAACAUAUACAUUCGCUGGAAUGUAAUUUAAUGUUCCGAACUCCCUGGAGCAAUACGGUAAACAAUGUUCCUACUUUAUUUUAUAAUGCUAAAGAUCACAAUGCCCUAUAUUUCACUCGCAUUUACCAUGUAGAUGAUGAUGUUUGUUAUUCAUUUGGGUAUUAAAAGCGAACCUGUUAUAUGUGAGAUUUUUUAACUGUGUUUCCAAAAAAAAAAAAAACCAAGGUGAACAAGAUUUUAACUUUUAUUCUUUUAUUAUGUUUUCUUUCACAUUGUAUGAAUGGAAGCCCUGGCACAGCCAGGGCAUAGCAUGUAAAUAAAUGUACUUCUCAUUGUGCUGUACGUAUAAGCAUAUGCAUGCAUAGGGCACUAUGGAAGAGAGCGUGUUCACAGUUCAGUGAACAAUGCUAUUAAGAACAUGUUCUAUUUAUCUUGUUUGCUCUAAAAUAAUGUGAGGUGGACAGUCAUUGGACAGUCAGCAACAUUUACCUAGUUUCUCAAUAUUAUUUUAUUAAAAGUAAGCCCUUACAAAACAACGCAAAUGAAUGCAUUCAAAUAUUAAAUAAUGGAAAUCAUACAAUCGCUCCCUUUUAUGCUCUAUUAAAAUACAAAGUACAGUUUAUCAAAGUGGUACAAUCCCGUCUGUAAAGGAAACCAAUUUUUACGCACUGCUGGUCCCACAGAUGGUUAUACAGAAAGGAUGUGUGUGGUGUUAUAGUUACAUUCACAGAGCGAUAUAUUUCAUUUAUAUAUGUAUAUACCUGUAUACUGUAGCUCUCUCUAUUUCUCUUUCUCUGUCUUUCUAUGUAUAGAAAGAGAUAGAGUUAACUAUGUAUUGCAGGAAAAUUAUUUCUGGAGUUAUCAUAAUAGUGUAAAAUACAUUUAUGACUAGCUUCUGAACCCUCAAAUUACUAUAUAUUUUGUUUAUUCUACUUGCUUUUUUUCACAUCUUGGAACAUGGUGUGGCCCACCUGAUAUUGGUGAUAUUUACACUCCCAGGCAGUAGGUGCAAUCAUUAAUUCAGUCUAUACCCCAACAAUGAUCCGGCAUGGAGAAGAGCCUGGAGCGACAGAAUUGCACUGUUUCUGUCUCUUUAGCUCAGCUUCUAACAUAUUAAUGGGAUUGGGCUAAAUGUUAAUGGUGGGAGCUACAAAUAGUAACUAUCAUCUGGAAAUGUAAUUCCCACUAAUGCUUAGGGGGUCCCAAACUGUAUGCAAUUAGUAAAACCAUGCGUUAUGGAGAGUAACAUAAAGAUUAUGUUAACCACCAUGGGAUUUGAACAUAUAACUUGCUCUCUAAAACAUUGUAUAUAUACACAUUACAAGCUAAUGCAUUUCAAUACAAAGAGAUUAAACGGAAAAUUCAAAUACUUUUAAUUUAUUCACUAAACUGAUAAAUGUGGCGAACUGAGACUCUCAAUGCAAACUGUAGGUGUUCUCAGCUACCGACAUGUUACUUUCUGUUAUGCAGAAAUCCCCCUGUCCUGAUAUGUCUAAAACAAAGCGUAUAUUUGAAGAAAUUUCCCCAAUGAUCACAGUAUAUUUUUUGUUCUUUAUCUGGUUGAUUGCCUUCUUUUGUUUUUCUUGUACAUUUCUGCUAUAUAUUUUUUCCCUUUUUAAAAAAAAAAAAAAAAAAAUGUGUUAUUUGUUGCUCUGUCUUAUAUUUGAUGGUAAAAUUUAUUCCUUCUUUCAUUUUUCUUUUUCUUUUUUUUUAUUCUUUAUUUUUGCUGUGCAUAUUGUUACAGACACGCUUGUCAUGCCCCAAGAGCAGGUAACAAGCAGUAGAGCUUACAAAGCAUAUACACACAUAUAGGACAUUUGAUAGAACUUGCACAUUUUUUAAAAAGGUGAAUAAUCAGAAGUUAACUAUUGCAUGAGUAAGCUCAGAGCUUAGUUGGUUAGACUGUGCUAUGUCAUGCUGCAGUAAUUGUGUAAGUAAAAAGGUUAACAGUGGGUUAACUGUGGGUUAUACCAGUUUAGUUGCUUAUAACUAAGCAGACUGACCCUUUCCGUGGAACUAUGCAGUAAGGCUGUGCUGGAUUUUGUAGAGGGCUCUAGUAAAAAGCUUAAGGACUAUAUAGAGCACUACGAACAUAUAGGCGGUGUAGUCGUGAUAUGUACAUAAGUCGUGCUGUGGGUAUUUAUGUAGAGGCAUAGUCGUGGCUCUGUCGGCAGGAGGUAAACAGUAAUACUAGAAGUUAGGUUAUGAUUGUCGCUAGGCACAAAUCAAAAACUAAAAGAGCAAGCAUGACGAAGGGUCUCGGUCGCUUGUGGGAAGUGUGUCUCCCUGUCCUAUCUAGCCCUCGCUGUAGUCAUCAACCAGGGAGAAUACUCCCCGUGCCUAAGUCAUCCAUAGGCAUGGGGCGGGGGAGGUGUGGGGGAACAUGUCGGAAGCCUGGAUGGUUGACUAUUUGUCAUGUCCCAGCAAGAAUGAGUGAAACUAUAAAGUCCCAGAGGUCAGGUACAUUCUCGGUAGGAGGAGGUUCCAGCUGCUUUCAAGUGGUGGCUUGGGCAUAGGGUUCCGAAGAAGGUGGUCUGGGCACAAACUCCGCAGCUGUCAGUGGGUUCCAUUGGUGCAGGGUUUCAGGUGCCUUGGGCCUUCUUUAAUUUUUCUAAAUGCCGACCAACUUCAUAAUAAUGUGGAAAUCAGCAUAUGUCACCAUUUAUUAGAUAUUGACAUUUUCUGUGCAUUUCAUUACUUCCUACGCAAAAUCAUUAUAUUCCUGUAUACUGACAUCUACCGGUACAGCAUUUUUAUUGCUACACAGAAUUUUAUUCUAGAACUGAAAAUGAUUUUGUGAUAGUGUAAUGCUCUAAUAAUUAUGUUAUUUGUGAUUCGUACUACCCUUACCUUUUGUGUCACUAUACUCCACUCCCUCUAGCAUGUAAGCUCGGUGAGCAGGGACCUCAAUCCCUGUGUUCCUGUGCAUCCUUCUUGUCUGUCAGUGUAAUGAGUGCGUUUAAAAAUAAUUCUACAUUGUGACUUUUUUGCUUUUAUCGUUGGCUAUGAUUAAACCCUGGCAGUCUGUGAUUAAACACCAAUAAGGGAGAGAAAUGUGCAAAACUGUUUGUUUGCACUUGUCAUUGUCUAAAUAAAGUUUAUUUUAAGGAAAAUCCAUUUUAGCUAAAAGCUCAUUUCUUUGAACUGGUUACCCAGCUUACUGCAUCUCACUGCUUCAUAAAUGAAUAAGACUCUAAUGCCAUUUGAUCCAAUCUUCCUGUAACAUAGAGUGAAUACUCUCUAAUUUUAUUGUAAUUUUGAACUUGCACGGAACAACCAAGGAUAAUCAAAGAAAUUAAGCAAUUUCCAUACACGUACGUCUUGUCUUAUGCUCAAUUCAAGAUAGAAACAAUAAUUUCAUUUUACUAAAUCUGCAUUUUGCUCAAUACGAGAUAAUUGCUCAAUAACUAUCUUUGUUCAUAUGGGUUUCCGUUUUCUUCGAACAAAAAAAAGCUUUGAGCUCUGGAUUGCCACUGAGCUUUUUGCCCUUAAAAACAAUUUUUUCGAGAACAUUCUAAACUUCUUAUAUCAUUUUUCCCCCUCCUUUAAAACCUAACUUGAACAAAGGGGCUCCCUGUUAAUAAGCUUACUGAGUAAAAGGAAAAAAGAGGAGCUAGAAAGUUAAACUGUGUACAACAAAAUCUUUGUGCGGUACAAAAAAAAAGUAUAGAUUUUCACUCCAUCUGUCUCUUUGAGAACAAUUACCCUGUUAGUCACUUUUACAUUGCUUGGUCACCAUUGACAUAUAAUUUUGGGGUUGGUGAAUUCAAUUUUAAAUGGAAUUACCAUUCGCCUUGACCUCAAUUAACUCAUUUUUUUUGUUUUCAUCUUGUGGUUUGGGAAUAAAAAUAUAGACGAUUUUACCAAACAUUCUUCGUUUAGGAAACUCAACUAAAUGUAGCACUGUAUACGUAGUCAGGACAGGAAUAAAGCAGUAAGUUACUGGUAAAAUGUUUCAAAUUGGUGUAAAAUGUCUGAUGGCCUGGUCAUGUGGCAACAUAUUAUUCUUUUCUUGAUGGUAUGCACUUGUAGAAUCAUUAUCAUAUUUCAUUAAUGUAAUGUGCAUGGAUGUAUUCAACCAAGAGAGGACACCGCACUCAUAUACUAGGUCCUGGUGCUUCCAAACCUGGGGCUGGCUAAUCUUAUUCCAAGGGUGCAAGAAAAAUAUGGUCCAUGCACUCAUAGAAACAAAGAAUGUGACGGCAGAUAAGAACCAUUCGGCCCAUCUAGUCUGCCCAAUUUUCUAAAUACUUUCAUUACUCCCUAGUCUUAUCUUAUAGUUAGGAUAGCCUUAUGCCUAUCCUACGCAUGCUUAAACUCCUUUACUGUGUUAACCUCUACCACUUCAGCUGGAAGGCUAUUCCAUGCAUCCACUACCCUCUCAGUAAAGUAAUACUUCCAGAUAUUAUUUUUAAACCUUCGACCCACUAAGUUAAGACUAUGUCCUCUUGUUGUGGUAGUUUUUCUUCUUUUAAAUAUAGUCUCCUCCUUUACUGAGUUGAUUCCCUUUAUGUAUUUAAAUGUUUCUAUCAUAUCCCCCUUGUCUCGUCUUUCCUCCAGGCUAUACAUGUUAAAGGACCACUCUAGGCACCCAGACCACUUCAGCUUAAUAAAGUGGUCUGGGUGCCAGGUCCAGCUAGGGUUAACCCAUUUUUUCAUAAACAUAGCAGUUUCAGAGAAACUGCUAUGUUUAUGAAUGGGUUAAGCCUUCCCCUAUUUCCUCUAGCAGCUGUCUCAUUGACAGCCGCUAGAGGCGCUUGCGUGCUUCUCACUGUGAUUCUCACUGUGAUUUUCACAGUGAGAGCACGCCAGCGUCCAUAGGAAAGCAUUAUGAAUGCUUUCCUAUGUGACCGGCUGAAUGCGCGUGCAGCUCUUGCCGCGCGUGCGCAUUCAGCCGACGGGGAGGAGAAGAGGAGGAGAAGAGGAGGAUCGGAGGAGGAGAGCUCUCCGCCCAGCGCUGGAAAAAGGUAAGAUUUAACCCCUUUCCCCUUUCCAGAGCCGGGCGGGAGGGGGACCCUGAGGGUGGGGGCACCCUCAGGGCACUAUAGUGUAAGGAAAACGAGUAUGUUUUCCUGGCACUAUAGUGGUCCUUUAAGAUCCUUUAACCUUUCCUUGUACGUUUUAUCCUGCAAUCCAUGAACCAGUUUAGUAGCCCCUCUCUGAACUCUCUAAAGUAUCAAUAUCCUUCUGAAGAUACAGUCUCUAGUACUGCGUACAAUACUCCAAGUGAGGUCUCACCAGUAUUCUGUACAAUGGCAUGAGCACUUCCCUCUUUCUACUGCUAAUACCUCUCCCUAUACAACCAAGCAUUAUGCUAGCAUUUCCUGCUGCUUAUCAUGUGCAGCAGUUUUAUUGGCAUUCUGUUUUCCGAUAAAACAGCUGCACAUGAUCCUGAGUGCCUGGACCAUAUUUUUCUUAAGCCAUGUGCAUGUAAGUGUAUUAGUACUCAUGUCAACAUGUACAAAUACAUAGGAAUAAACCGAGGCAAUGGAGUAACAGGUGAUAUUAUGGCAAAAUAUGCACAAAGAUUUGGUAUUAUAAAUUGUGUAAUUAAAUUGUAAGGGAAUGGAAUAGUUUAAACAGAUUUAGAAGACAUUUAUAAGGAGAAUGACUUGUCUUAAAGGCCUUUUACUUCUCUUUAACCCCUUAACGACCAAACUUCAGGAAUAAAAGGGAAUCAUGACAUGUCACACAUGUCAUGUGUCCUUAAGGGGUUAAAGGAACACGCUGAGCGCCACAACCCCUACAGCCAAAUAAAGAUCUCAGGUAGGUUGUCAAAACUUUUUAAAAUGGUUUGACAAUUUGCUCUGUGAAGACUACACAUUUCUGUCACCAUAACCACUACAUUGAGCUGUUAUGUUUACAGUUCUUAGCUUAAUGUAGUGGUUUUGGGGUACCGAUCGUGGCCCUGCAGUCAAUUGCUCAAUUUCCUGUCAUUUAGGAGUUAGUUGACUUUGUUUAAGCAGCUCUAGUGACUCACACAGUCUCCCUACACACAUCCUGAAACUUAGCCAAAUUGUUUAAAUUUCCCACAGUGUGUUUAAUUUAGAAUUUCUUAUUUCCUUAUCAGUUAAUUGCCUGCUAGAGCCUGCAGCUACCUCCUGUGUGUGAUGAAAAUUCAUUUACCAGAGCAGGAGAUAGGAAUUUCCAAAUUGAACACAUUGAGCUGUAAGAUCAGUUUGAAAAUGCUAUAUUUUUUAAUUGCAUUUGCAAUAAGUUUUAUUUGCUCAAGUAAGGUAGGCCCUCUAUUCUUCUGGUAUAUCAGAGCACUGCCGUGGGUUACUAUGGCAAUGCUCUCGAACAUUUUUCGACACCGGCCAGAAGGACCUGUCUCCUCCUACCGUGGAAAAGAAUGCAGCAUUUCCCACCCUAGCACCAGGGAUCAGAACUCCCUCCCUGGCCAAAGGUAAUCAUCAGGGAGGGGGAAAUACACUUUAGUUUCUCUUUAAUAAAAAAAAUAUUUUUUGGAACAGCCCAUAUCCCCACUACAGCCACUACACCGCCCACUUCAGCCCUGGUCCCCCACUGUGCCUCCACCUCAGCCCUGCCCACCAUCUAUAGCCUUUGUUCCCCACUACAGAUCCUGUCCUCCCCACUACAGCCCAUGUCUGUCCAUAAGGGGUUCUGGCUAGGCAAAGUCUUGUCAGGGCGUCCGUCCUUCUUUGGACCUGUGGCUCUACCUUGUGUGCUCAGAUGCUGGGAGUCUGGGUCAGUGCAUCCCUCAGAUGUUGUUGCCGGUACAUGUGGACUGCAGAUCUCUGCUGACCCUGCGGCUGGAGUACAGCUCUCCGACUAGGUUGGCGAGUGGUCUCCCACAACCACUGGAGUUGAAGUGUGGCUCUUUGCCUUGUUAGCUUGUGAGGUGCAACCCUCUUCCCUCUGGGCAGGGGGGAAGGGGUCAAGACCCUGUUGUUCUGCUACUUGGGUUUGUGCAGUAUAGGAGGAGCAGGAUGCUGGAAAAACCCGCGUCCCCCAGGUAGUUUGCCAGAGAGUAGGUUUUGUCCUCGUGUUUGAUCUUUAGGCUGCAGUGAGGUUGUCGCCAUGCGUCUUUCUAGUCGGGCCCAGAGGUCUUGGAAUAUUGCUUCCAGUCUCUGUGAGGGGCUCUCCAUGCUACUGCUUCCCCCAGGGUAUGUUGGUUUCAGGCUCUGCUCCUUUGUCGAAGGCCUUCCCGCCUUUUUAGCAGGUAUGGGGGUGUGCUCUUUAGGUGCCGGAGCUUCCCACAAUGGCGUCAGGGCUGAGCAGUUUGACUUGGCAGGGACCGGGAUAACCCCCACCGGUCCGGGGGGGUCGGAGCGAAGGUGGCCCGCACGGCAAGCUUGGGAGCAGGGAAGUCAGCCGUCUUUCCCCAGCCCCAUCGCCCGUAGGCCUCUGCAUGCUUCUCCCGUCUCUCUGGCGCUAGAGGGUUCCGAGAAGGGUACCGUUGUGUUCCCCAUUGCACCCCCAGUUUAGGCUGCGUGGAGUUUCCCCGAUUUGGGUGCUGUGGUGGGUUUUUGUCCCCCAUAAUCAGCGAGACAAGCGGGAGCUCGCCCGAUACACGUCUGUUCAGCAUGAGGCUUAGGCUCCGCUCCGCUUAGGCUCCACCUCCUUGGAAUUUAUAUUUUCUGUCAUAUGGUUAGGGAUUUAAAAUAUAGUAAAAUUCGCACCCAAACAAGAGAACCCAACCCUAGGUCCAUGACAGGAUCCAUCACAGAGCUGUUAUACCCAGGGUCUGGAGGAACUUUGCUGGGUCCCCUGCUAACUGGUGCACCAACGUCUUCCCUCCUUUAAAAGCCAAAGCCUAAAUGUCCCCAGGUGUAAUGUAUAUUGUACUGCCUGAGGGCUUCAACUGUUGAGCUGUAGUGGAACCAGAUGACUAUGUCCCUGGGCAUGUUGCCGUAUCGUUGGCGUAUCAGGCUCUCAAUUCCUUAUGAACUCUGUCCACUAUCCAGCUAUGCUCUUCAUUUCUGGCAUUAGGGUCUGAAAAUAUCCAGCACAGUUGUUGGAGAGAGCCCUCUCCCACUGAUUCUGGCAGCCCCCUGUUCCGCACAUUAUGUCAGCGAGACCUGUUGGAUAUAUUUUCCAGCAUACUCCCCACCACAUGAAGCCAACUGUGUAGAUCAUUGGUGAAGUUCACCACAGUGUUAUGUGCUCAGUUUCUGAGACUACUGUCUCAAUCCGUUUUUCUGACUCUGUAGUAUGGGCCCCCAGGGCUUGGAAUUCUGCCUUCACCUCCUCUGCACUCUCUUCUAUUUCAGCUGCAGGUAUGCUCUGUUAGACUGCAUUGGCUGCAGUAUUCUUGCAAGGUAAGGAGGUGUCGGACCAUCAUACUCCUCUUUUGAGCCACCCGGACUCCCCCAGCUGCCAUCUUGGAACAUAUUAUUCCCCUUAGGGUACGCAGUAAAAAGUGGUGCCAACGUGUGAUCCUACUUCUAGUGCCUUUUCUGUGAUGACUUCAUAGUGUGCGGAGUGCAAUUAUACUAGGUAGUGGUCAAAAUAUUGCCCUUUGGGUGUCUGUACUAAGCAAGUUUUCGUGCACCAUGACCUGACCCCAGGACUCAGCCGUCAAUACAGCACAUUGUCCAAGUCACACCCCAUGGAUAUGAGUUUUGAACCUGGACUUACUGUAAAGAGUGAUAUAAUUAGCAAGAAUACACUUAAAGGGUUACUGGAGGCACCCAGACCAGUUUAGCUUGUUGAAGUGAUCUGGGUGCACUGUCCCUUUUGCAUUUAGUGCUGCAAUGUUUACAUUGCAGCUCAAAUAUGCCCUCAGUUGUUGUCUACCAGACAGACACUAGAGGGCUUCCUGAAUUGAAACGGACCUUUGGUCCGGUAUCUGACGCUGGAUGCUUGAGGACCUCCAGAGUCAGAUUUUACCCCACAGGAAAGUAUUGAUUCAAUACUUUCCUAUGGGGAGGUGUAAUGCGCACACGGCAUUUGCCACACAUGUGCUGUAGAUCCCUCUCGCCGCAGGAUGGAGGAGGGGGCGGAGCAUGGAUCCAGCUCCAACGACAUUGGCGCUGGCUAAAGGUAAGUAAAUAAAGGGUUUUGAAUCCUUUGUUUAUCGGGAAGGGGGGGAGAGGGCACAAGAGAGGGGUGAGGCAGGGGGAGCAGUAGUGCCAGGAAUACAGCUUAAUAUUCCUGGCACUACAGAAUCCCUUUAAAUAACAAAAUAGACAUUACUACAUCACAAUAACAAUAAUUUGUAAUAAUAAUAAUAAUUUUGUUUUGUUAUAUUGCUAUAUUGAUUGCGUUUUUGUUGGAACAAAACCUUUUCCAUAGUGAAAUGUGCAGUUACAUAUUAGUGCUUCUCCUGACAAUUAUAUGUGCUGGUAUAUGUGAUCACAACCAGAAAAAAAAGCAUCUGCUAUAUUUUAAUACUGUAUCUGAUAUAUUAUGCAAUGCUGAUAUUAAAAGUUUAAAUCCCACACCUCCUUACCUUGAUUUUUAGUUUAUAAUUUUAUUGCAAAUUACAUAAUCUGUUCAUCUCAACUUUACCCAAAUUCUGUAAAUGCUAUGUUGCCUACACAAGCUAUAUAUCCUAGUUAUAUAAAACAUGUACAAAAACUGCAAGUUCAAGGUUUGAUGUAAAUGUAUUAAAUUCCAUAAUUCCUAAAUAUGUAGAAUACUAAUAACUUGGUAAAUAAUAACUGGGAACUGAACGAUAACAUGACUUUUUAUGUAUUUUACAGGGAAGCAAUAAGUCGGCUCUGUGAAGCUGUGCCGGGUGCUAAAGGAACCACAAAGAAGCGAAAGGUAAAUAUGAGAAACUAAACAGAAUAUCCUAGCAAUGGUAUUUUUUUAUUUUUUUUGCUGUGCAAAAAAAACAAAAAUCCGUGCAGAUAAAGACAUAGUAACAUACGUAGAGCUUGACAGGAAUGUCGCACUUUUUUUUUAUAUAUAUAUAUAACAUGCAGAAUAAACUAAAUAAACAACAUAUCCGAGAGCAUGAGGCUUACGAAAGCAAAAAUACUUGGUUACGUUCAAAUGGCAGGGUCAUUGAAUGAGAAAGUGCACAAUUAUAAUACAUGUUUGCAGGCUAUUUGAAUGAGUAUGACUUUUGCCCACCAAGGAGGCCCUGUCAUGGUCUAGUAGCAGUCUAAUGGCUAGUGGAAUACCAAGAGACAUAUAAAAUUAAACAGUCAGACAGAGCUGCCAUUAUGGCACCCAGGCUCUCGUGAAGCAUGACCUCAGCCCUCGCCGACAGGCAAAAGGGCCUCCAAGACGUGGACCUGGUGUGGAUUGUUUUAUUACUUAUAUAUGUAAGUGUACCACAGGUGGGUGUUUUAGACUCUGGAGAUUAUGACAUUUUUCUUACAAUAAAAGCAAUAAGCAGCCAGUGGCAUGUCAAAGUUUGGGAUGGUACUUGCUUAAUGUAGAAUAUUACAUCAAAACUACUAUAUACUUAAAGCUGGACUAACGAUAAAAAACAGGAAAUAAUUCCACACGAGCUUUAUUCUAGUGCUCUUGGUAGUUUUUUGCUUAUAAGGGCUCAAAGCAAUAUCUGUUCGUAUUUUUUUUUUUUAUAAAAUAUGUAUUUGCGUGAUGGCUUAGAAUUGCUUACUUUGUUUUUGUAUUUUGCUUGCAAUGUCCUCAGAAUUCUAUUAAUCAAACACAAAGGUAAAGAUACACACUGCCAGACACACACAAAUAUUGAAAUGUAAACGUAGCCAGUGUCUGUUGGGAGUGGUAUCCGACAGUGGUGCCUGCUGUCCCCGUUGCUGUUUACUUUGACACUGAAGCCUUUGUUAGAGGCGAUUAGGCUGCAUAGCAGUAUCAGAGAGUGCAAAUUGGGUGGGAUGGAACACAAAGUCACUGGCUACCUGGAUGAUAUUUUCUGUUUUGUUAGUCGGCCUCAGAUAAUACUCCACAGUUCUAUGCCACUGCUCUCAGAAUACAGAGCUCUAGUUAAUCUUGAAUCUAGAUAAGUGCGAGAUAUUGAAUGUGAAUGCUUCCUUUGCAGUAGCGGCUAGAUUAAGAAACCACUUCUCUUCACUUUAUGAAUCCAUAAAGACCCAGACCAACUUUAUCCCCAGAAACUUCCUUCCGCUCUUUAGAUCUCUUCAGUCGUAUCUGAAAUCAAGCAAGCUUCAUGUAUCCUGGUUUGGCUGACUUAGCACGGUCAGAAUGAAUAUGCUUUCACUGGGUUUUAUAACUCAUGCAGACAAUCACCAUAAGACUUCUGAUGACUUUUUACAACUCCUUAGAUUCCAUGCUGUGGACGUUCAUAUAGACUGGAAGGGAACUUAGACUAAAAUUGGAAGUCAGAUUCCCCUCUUUUAGAUCUUAUGCUAGCUAUACAUCUGCUGUGUGUUCUUGACUGACAGGCCCAGGAUUGUACUACACACUGAGUAGACUUGGAGUGGGUGUAUGCAGGCUGUAUUCUGUUGGCUGAACAAUUCACUUAGCAUCAAAUAAAACAUCAUAAUAACUCGCUGGUAGAGAAGUCUCUCCUACAUAGGGAUUUGACACAAUUCAAAACUAUUGUCACACGUGUAACCCUCUUAUGAAUGGGUAUUUUUAUUCUCUACCAGCUUCUGAAACCCCAACAAAGCCAUCUCCUCCUAAAUUCAAGAAACGCUGGGAAGUUGAUUUGAUGACGGUCUUCUCAGAAGGGCAGUGGUUCAUGAUUUGCUCUCUUGUUCAUUGUUUCUCUAUAAGCAUAAACCUUUGUCUUAGUGGCACUGUAUGCCUUACCUCCUAAACAGGAUGUUCCCAAGUGUCCCCAACAAAUGCUGGCAAUGUAGGGUAAUAACUGCUUGAUCCAAGGAUAAAUCUGACUGCCAUUCUGGGGUCAAGAAGGAAUUUAUUUUCUAACUUGUUGCAAAAUUGUGCUUCAAACUGGGUUUUUUGCCUUCUUUUGGAUCAACAGCAAAAAACAAAUGUGAGGAAGGCUGAACUUGAUGGACGCAAGUCUCUUUUCAGCUAUGUAACUAUGUAACUAUAUGGUGGCACCCUUCUCCAUGUUUGGUGGAAUUGCCAUUUUGGUCCCAGAUAUAUGAGACAAAGCUCACCAUUGUUGGGUAAGAGUAUCCUGUUCACCCCGGUACCUAUCUCUAACUUUAAAAGGCUUCUAACACAGUACUUUCUGAAUGUGACUAGAGAGUUCAUCUCUACUCUCUUGAAAAAAACUUUCACCUCUAGCUUAGACCAAUAGAUAGCUAAGAUGGAAGAGAAGAGGGAAAUGAAGGUGGCAUGAAGAAGAGAUUUCAAAAGAUAUGGCUCCCUUGGCAGGGUUUUGUAGCUCAUCUAGAGGGAGGGUAGAACUCCUGUUUGUCCCAUGUAGGUUGGAGCGGUCUUGCUCUCAGUCCUUGCAUUGGCACAUUAGAGUAAGGUGGGGUCUAGGUUAUAUUUCUACUUCUCUUCUGACAUGUUUUAUUAUUUCUUUCUGUUUCUACUUUCUUUUUCUCUCCCCACUCUUCUUUUGUCUCUCUCUAGCCUCUUUAGCAGAGCUUGAAUUCUGCUGGAAAAUUAUUGUUACGUUGACACCUUGGAUUGGGCUUCCUUAAACUGGUAUAGCAGGGGCCUUUAUAAUAGGCUCACUGGUGUACAUAAUAUGCUUUUAUUUUCUGGGGCUCAUUCAUGUUGUAUUUGAUUGUGAGGUUCUCUUUGUAUGGACUGUUCAACCUUUGUAUGUUGACAUGUCAUUUGCUGCGAGGCUUCUUAUACUUUCAAAAUGCUUGUUUUAUCUUGGGGCAUUGUUUAUUAUGCAUUCCUUACCAAGUACAAAUGACAAAAUGCUUCAAUAAAUGCUUAAAUAAAAUGCUGUCAAAAAAUUAAUAUUUAGAGUGCCAGUCUUCGAAAUCUUUGCCUUAGUGUGAAAUCUUAACACGUUAUUAAUAAAGUAAGAGCAUUUUCUCAUUGAGUACAAGAAAAAAAACUUCAAUUGUGCCUGUUUCAUAAAUAAGGCCAAAUUAGGUCAAUUUGAAAGUCCAUUCAUUUUCAAGAAAUUCAAAGGAAUCAUAAUGUCUGAUACAUGUGAUCUCCGUGCAUGUCUGAAAAGCCUCUUUAUUGAAUCUGAUUUAGGUGAAAUUAUCCUCCAUAUGACCAGAAUGAGGGAAUAUGAAUUACAGGAAAAUACGCAAUCUUCUAAUUGCCAAAUUGGAACAUAAUUCACCAUUGAAAAGAUAUGUCUGGAUUUCCUAUCAAAGCACUUACUAAUUCUCAUAGACUUUAGCAAAUUGGUGACUUAUUUCAACAACCCAGGAAGAAAUCCUGAGAAUAAUAGGAAAUUUAUGAGCAACAAUUUACAUCACGGAAAUUUGAUUCUCAAAUUUGCGUGAUGUCAAUUAAAGGAACACGUUAAUGUAUGGUUUGCUUACCACACUAAUGGGUUGUGAUAUACUGUAUCGUGUAAUAACCAUUUAAUAUAUCCUUCCUUUAUCAUGAUAUGUCAAUUAACCCCAUGCUCUGCUCAAUGAUAUUGCUAAGAUCAAUCCUUUUGUAUUACUGAAAUUGUUUUAAAUUGAGUUAAUACAAUUUUGAAACUAUUUUAAAAACAAUCAGUUUUAUUGAGCUUAUCCACUCGAUUUGUCGGUAAUUAACAACAUACUUGAAACAUUUAAUGAAAACAGACAAAUUAGAGAAAGAGAGAGAGAGAGAGUGUGUGUGUGUAUGUUUAAACUUUUCAUGGACUGAAAUCUGUUGAGUAAUAAUUAUACAGUAGGUUCUAAAAAUACUUUUAUACUAUUUUUAUACUAAAAUAAAAUAUUCUGUUUCCCACUUUAGCCUCCACUGAAAUUCCUGUCCUCCGUACUGGGCAAAAGCAACUUGCAAUUUUCUGGCAUGAAUGUGACAUUGACAAUAUCAACAAACAGCUUAAUUCUAACUAAUGUUGACACUAAGCAGGUAUGUUAACAUAUGAUACUUGUCCAUUUAGACAUUGCAUAUGCAAGCUGUUCUUUAAAAAAAAAUAAAAAAAUUUAAAAUUUGCUUUAAAUAAACAUGUCUCACUUUUUUGUUCACAGUUUAUUCACACCUCAAUUUGUAAAUUAUAUUUUAGGUAGUUGCAAAUCAUCACAUGCAGUCAAUUUCCUUCGCCUCUGGUGGAGAUCCCGUGAGUAUUAUAGAAUAUUUAGUUUAUCGAAAAUAGAUGCAAAAUGAGCAUGACACAUAUUUAACACCGAUUUUUGCGAAGCUACAGAAUUUUAUUAUUUGAAAGAACAAUAUUUUAUUUUCUAUUAAAAGAUGUGCAUUUAGAGGUAGUAUUCAUAUUAUUACUUUAUAAAUGCAAACAAAUGGCUAAUCGCAGAAAAUGUGUUAUUAUUUAAUGGGUCGAAUUAAUAAGGAGGCUCCAUACAUACAGGCUUCUUCCAUACAGACACUGUCAUUCACAAAGCAGCAGGGAUAUGUGAACAGUAGUCUGAUUUUGUGGUCCAGUAUAGUGGGUACACAACGCCUUCUGUAAGAGUUGGUUAUACAUUUGAAUUGGGACUGUUUUUGUAUUGUCUAUAUCCGGGUUCUGCAAAGUCUACACAGCCUCUGUACUAGUCAUUUAUAAAUUGUGAAGAUGAACUAAAGUAUGUUUAUUUGAUGCAUGAGACACCAAUUAGAACAGCUAAUUAGUUUUGGUGUUGGCGAAUUGGCUUAAUCAUAUAGGUUUAUGGGUGCAUUUUUGAGAUCUGGUGAGUUAUGCUGAUCCUUAGAAUGAUCAGGUUUAAUGUGAGUACCCCUAGAUAGAUCAAAUAAAUAGAACCUGAAAUGGCAAGAAUAGUCAGAACUAGUGAUGUCCCGAACUGUUCGCCGAACGGUUCGCGAACGGUUCGCCGCGGACUCAUCAUUGAGUAAACUUUGACCCUGUACAUCACAGUCAGCAGACACAUUCCAGCCAAUCAGCAGCAGACCCUCCCUCCCAGACCCUCCCACCUCCUGUACAGCAUCCAUUUUACAUUCAUUGUGAAGCUGCAUUCUUAGUGAACUGUCCAGGAGGUGGGAGGAUCUGGGAGGGAGGGUCUGCUGCUGAUUGGCUGGAAUGUGCCUGCUGAUUGUGAGGUACAGGGUCAAAGUUUACUCAAUGAUGAGUCCGCGGCGAACCGUUCGUGGCGAACCGUUCGCGAACCGUUCGGCGAACAGUUCGGGACAUCACUAGUCAGAACCGAUCUGAGGUCAAGGGAUAUAGAAGUCAAGCAAAUAUUAAAUGAAGCCAAGACUAGAUUUCCAGAAAAUAGGAAUAAGGGGGGAAAAAGCCACAUUGUUACUUGGAAUCAAACUAUUAUUAUUAUUAUGGUAUUUAUAUAGCGCCAUCAAAUGCCACAGUGCUUUACAAUGAGUGGACGAACAGACAUGUAGUUAUAACCAGACAAGUUGAACACACAGGAAAACACACUAUUGUGUUAAUGGAGACUGCAGUAAGACACAACCUUUAGGUAGAGGGUUGUAAAUAGUAAAUAGAGGACUUUGCAUAAUCAAAAUGUUCAUACAUGAAUACUCAGGAUUGAUGCAUUGCUUUGUUUGAAACCAGAGUGGUGUGAUGUGUCAUUUCUGCAUGGUAGGUCCCUAGUGGAGCCUUCUAGACCACUCUUGUUAAAUAUAGAAUGUGAUGCAUAUCUGGCAAUCAACCGAAUACAAACGUUACAUCAACACAGCAAUUUUGUGUAGAUAGCCAGGAAAAUAUCAUAGAUUUCACUAACUUCUCUAUUGUCAUCUAGACACUUAAAUCUAGUUUACAACGGGUCAAAAGGUACGUGGUUUCAAAAUAUCUUAAUACACAGCAGUUGUAGACUGGAUUUUUCUUUUUAAUCACAGUGCAUGCAAAAUAAGAUUGUCGUAAUAUAUACAAUAACAUUUACAUGUAACCUUUUGUUUGUAACUAUAAUUUUUUAUUCAGAUUACAUGAAAUCAUACAUAUGCUAGCAAACAUCUCUACUGAUUGAGUAUUUAUAUUUAAUUUGUAAAUAUAAUUUGAAAGUGUUUAUUCUAUUUUUUAAAGGAUACAACAGAUUAUGUUGCGUACGUUGCCAAGGAUCCAGUUAACCAAAGAGGUACGAUUAUAACCAAACUAUUUGUUAUUAUUCAGUAGCAUAGAGUGAUGAAUGAUGUUUUAAACAUACAUCUGUGUUCUUUUGCAAUCCAUCCAUCCACCCACUCAUCCAGCAUUCAAUCUACCCAUCCAUCCACCCACCCCUCCAUCCAUCCAUGAUCAUGAAUACGUCAGUCAAACAACACACCAACCUAAUUGUGUGUGAACUGUAAAUACACCACUGUAUGAUUCACCUGGGAUCAUGGUCAGAUUUCAAUAAGAGGACUCAAGAAUGCUUUACCCAAGAUUUCUAAAAUUUAGUUUGGUGAUUGGGGCAUGGUACUGCCCAAACGCAGCAUGGAUGAUAUUACUGAGAUGGUAUGGUGAAUGAACCAGGGACAUAGGAAGUUGAGCAACAAAAGCUAGAUUUAUGGAAUGUCAAAAUGCAGUUGCAAGUGAGCAUGGUAUUAAAAAAGUAAUCUUCAUAAGAAAUAAUGAAGAGGAGAAAAAAAACAAAGUAAAGGUCCAUGACAUAAUAAAUAUAAAGGUUAGGGGGUGAACUAAAAAAAAGCAAAAACAAAAUAAAACAAUAAUCUUAGAACAGAAGAAGAAACAGAUACAAACGAAAUGAAGAAGAAUACUCCCCAAAAAUAACAAAUAUAUAUAUAUAUAUAUAUAUAUAUAUAUAUAUAUAUAUAUAUGGCUUAGAUGACUACAGUGGUGUCAUCCAAGAAAUGUAUCAAAGAAUCUCCACCAGCAUCCUGUUGCACCAUCCUUUUCAGGAAAGUACUGAACAUCUUGAAAUAGGAGCACAAAAUGGCACAACCCAUUGAAAGACAAAGGUCCACAUAAAAAUCUCCUGAAACCAGUAGCACAUGAGAUAAUGAAACCAACCCAAAUGGAAAAACAGUAGGAGCUCUUGGAAUUGACAAGCAAUAUGUGCCACAAAUACUUCAUUCUAUAGUAUUUCUUGAACCUGUGUGGAAAAAUCCACAGAUGUGAGAUUCUGCUUCGCCAUCACCAUGUUAUUGCCCUGAAAGAAAAUUACGAAAGCACCAUCCCAUCUACCUUAGCAGUUUAGCGACCACACUAUCUUAGUAAACUUCACCAGUGCACACCCUACUGGCAACUGAUUUGCUGGAUGAUAGAACCAACGAUCCCUUCUUUAACAAAAAAUCUGAUAUUUGCCUUGCUAUAUUUUUCUAUGACCUCUUGCUUUAAAAGGUACUGCAGAUGAAACAUCAAUACAUCUGCCUGAAUUGCAUUCAAUUUUGCCCAGUCUCUAAUUUACAGAAGAAACAAAGCCAUUCCUUUUUUUCUUACCAUGAGGCAACAUGAUAUUUAACAAACCUAGACUGUGUCACAUCUGCACUGUAAUUGAUGUUAUCAACCUUAUGAACCCCUUAAUGACCAAACUUCUGGAAUAAAAGGGAAUCAUGACAUAUCACACAUGUCCUGUGUCCUUAAGGGGUUAAACACAUUUGUAAAAUUGUGCUUAUAUAUAUAUAUGUAUACACACACACACACACACACACACACUCACUCUCUCAACAUAAAUGAUUGAACAUUGCCAUCUAGAGGUGAAAUACAAUAACUAGCACUCACAUGGUUCUAAUUAUGGAAUAUGGAUGAAUAAUGCAAUGUUGAUGGAAACACUACAAGAAAAUUAGUUAUUCACUUUUAUCAUAGCAUACUUUGGGGAUGCAAAACUAGCACUAUCGUACAACCAGUACAUUUCAGUUUUUGUCGGGUCCUAUUCUAUAGCAAUACUGUUGUUUUAUCUAAAAUAAAAUAUUUUAUUUCAAACCCCUACAUUUUUGAAACCGACACUACUAGCUAGGCUUUAACAGUUACUCUCCACUGCCUGAAAAGUCUAUAACACACUUACAAGGGCUGAAUUUUCACUCUUCAGUGGCCAGCGGCAAAUGGAAGAUAUAAUAUAUAUAUAUAUUUUAGCAAUUAACUGAAAAAAUGGGAUUGAAACAUACAUGGAAUUUUAAGCAAAAGGUACAGCUGACUGUUUUUAUUGAUUCAUUCUAAAUUAUUCCUGCUAAAUUCUAUGAUUUAAAAAAGUUUAAUUGUAGAAUCCUAUCUAUUUCAAUCGGGAAAUAUGAAAAUAAUACUAAGCAUUACUGCAGUGAUAGGAAAAACAUCUAUUGAAGCAAUUUUACUAUUAAGCAAAGUCUUUAUGAACAAAUUAACGGAGAUGGACGCUCUCUCUCUGUAAUAAAAUAUAUUUUUUUAAAGUAUAAAUUAAGGAAAAAUAUUACUUUUAUUUAUUUGUUUAUUAUAGUUUGGAUAUAACACAUUGUCAGCAAGUUUAGUUGUAUAUCUACUGUUCUAUUACCUAUUUAUUAAUAAACGUUAAUAUUACAAACAGAAAAUAUAUUUACUGCAAAUUAUUCACAUAAUCUAUAUUUCAUAUACAUCUGCCAAGUAACAUUAAUUCAAAGUAUAGCACAUGGAAUGAGUAUUAGUUUAAAACAUAUUUUCGUUCAUUUUUUUUCUUUAUGAGGUAUGAUUCUAAAAAACCAAUAAAAUUUACUUUCUUGUAAUAGAAUAGGAUAAAUAUGAACCUUAAAAAAAAAGACAAUUUAGCUUGCAUUUAACAAAUAUGUACAGGAUUUCUUAAUCAUAAUGUUCUUCUCGUUUGUGAAUCUUUAUUUUAGCUUGCCACAUUUUGGAGUGUUUAAGCAGCAAGGCUCAGGAAGUGAUCAGCACAAUUGGACACGCUUUUGAACUGCGUUUCAAACAGUACUUGAAAAGCCCAUCUUUCAUCGAUUCCAGCGAUAGGUAGGCCCAGGGAAUUAAAGACAGCCCUGGUUUAUAUUUAGUUGAUGGGUAUAUAGGUUUCUUCACAACAUUUGGCUAAAAUAUGUUGAAUUAUAAAUCACUUUUUGUAUGAAGUUAGUAAAACAGACAGACACACUAACAUUCUAUAUGUAGUCACGAAGGCAGACACACUCAUUUUCUCUACGGAGUUACCGUAGUAAGACAGUCAAGCAGAUUUAGUCUUAGUCUUUUUCCAAAACGUUUGUCAGACAGAUAGACACAUUUUAUAUAUGGUGUGACUAAGACAGACAGACAUAAUACAGAUUAAGAAACAGCACGCACAUAAAAAUACGUUUUUAAAUUUUGGUAAGGCCACCUAUCUCAAAAUGACCAUAUGGUGGAACUAAAUCCCUUAAGUGCUUGUGGAGAUAGGUGAUUUUAAGUAGCCUUAUGGAAUUUAAAAAUGUGUUUUUAUGUGUGCAUGUUUCCUAAUCUGUAUUAUGUAUACAUUUUGGUCACUACUAAAGCACCCUUCCUGCAAAAUGCAUGUUCUGGGUGUGCCCCCAAUUCCUUUUUGUUAGGGUUGUGCAUGGGAAAAAUAUUCGGUUCGAUCCGAAAUUCGGGACUUCAGCACUUCAGUUCAGUUCGGUUUGGUUCGGCACUUCGGCUAUAUGGAGUUAAGGCACUAGGACCAUUCAGAGAGCGCAUCAAAGUGCCCUGUGUGAGGACCGGCUAGGGAGGCUACCAGUCAGUCUGGGGAGCAUUCAUGUCGGGCUGACAUUUAACUUUUUUGGUUUGCAAAAAUAGAAGGGACCGCACUCAUCCAAAAAAGUCAUAGGUUGCUUAACUGAGCCAGGGCCAGCACAACAAUUACAAAUAUUAUAUCCAAGAAAGGCUUCAGGCAUUCUCUAAUUUAGAUGUAAGGCUGAUUUAUCAGAGCAUCAUGUGUACAUCAUGUAUACUGCAACAUUUUGACCUGCAAAGAGGUCUUUGUAAAGCUUGUUAGCGUGUUGCAGUGGUUACGGAGCUUGGAGUGUUCGUUUAAUAUUGGUCAAUGUAGCAACUGACCCUGCAGGCUUUCUUUCAGAUUGGCUAAAUUAGUCUUGUCUAAAUUAACUGCAUAAUCUUCUGCUAUUCAAAAUCCAAAUGAUUGUAUUGAUCUUCUUCUGUGGCCAAGUAGCAUAAAACAUCUGAUACAUUUGCAUGGCUCUUUUUAUGUCUUAACUAUAGACAACAUACUCAAUACGAGACAAAAGUGUUAAGGUCAAAUCAAAAAAUGCAUUAAAUAUCUCGGAGGGGUCUAAAAAUUAAAAACAUCCACACAUUAACAGAAAGGAAAUACUUUUUCUCCCCUCGUGGUUCUGGGAAAUAAAAUGCAGACUUUUUCCGCUGGUUGCUUCUUUGAAAAGGUUCUGUGUAUUUGCCAAUAAAAACAAACCAUGUUUUGCUUUAAUGCAUCAAGUAAGACUUUAUCUUCCAAGAAGAACAGCAAGGAAACGUAGAAACCCACGGAGACAGCAAUAUGUGGUAAUAGAAUAAGAUAAGGAGUUUUACAUGAAAAGUUCCAGAUGUGGCAAUUAGCAAUAUAGGAAAAAUGACAUUGAACCCACGGAAAGAUUGGGGAUAAAAUAACAAGUGAAUACCACAAGGGAAAACAUUUUGAUGGAAUGGGAUACUUGGACGUUCACCAAAUGUGAACGAGUUUGCAGGUUUUUUUUCGUAUUGGAACCAACAAUAUAUCUACAUUAAAUGUGGAAUCAAUCGAUUGCACUCCCUUUCAGCAAAGAAACUUUAGCAUAUUGAAGGUAUUCUUGGUUGGUGAGGGCAGCUGACAUUUCAAGAGAAUAAUAGAAAAUGAUUUAACAUUUCAUAUUGUGGAUAUUGCUGUAAUGAACAUCACCAUCAUGUAAUAGUACAUCAGUAUUACAUAUACUGGCACCAAUUAAAAGCUUAACAUAUUACCUGUUAUGUGCAGAUGCCAGAAUGUGUUCGUUAAGACACAGACAGACAGCUGCUUCAAGCCAAACGAAUAGGACUCACAAAUGAACUUUUCACUAUUUUUGUUAUAAAUCAGUGGAGGGAACGUUGCUUUGGUACACAGCAAACUUAAACUAAUCAGCUUGUAUUCUGUUUUGCUACAAACUGCAUAAAGAGCUUACAAUCUGUCCUACAAGCUUAAAUGAAAUCAAGUUGCCAUCAAUAUUAUUUCUCAGUGCCAACAAAGCUUACAUUUAGAUCUUGUCUAUGAAUGAUUGGAAUUUUCAUGGUCAAACGUGUGCAAAUGCAUUCAAUUACCUCUUAUUUAAUGACCAAUGACCAAAUAAAGUUUAUGUCACAGACUCCCUCCAAAAUUAUGAAACAUUCACCUUUAUAAGUAGAGUUCUAUUACUUUAUCGUCCAGUAGUAUUAAAUAAUUUUGAGAGAUGAAAUUGAUGCAGUACAAAUAAAUGUGACUCAUGCAACUGGUGAUAUGAUAUAUUUUUUUUGUAUCUUUGACUUAGUGAUCUACUAAAUAUUAAUAAUGCAACUCAAAACGUGGAAGUGAAAGGACAUGAUUAUUACAAUGAAAUACCAGGAAAGGUACCUCCUGCUGGUGGCGUACUUGACAAGAGGAUUAAAAUAGAUAUCAUGGAACCCAUGCAUAUUGGAGACGACCAAAACGCUCAGGUGAUAAAUACUACAUAUAAGGAAACGCUAUGUCCAAAGUGUAUAUCUUUAAUUUUAAUGCAUACAAUUGUUGCAUAAAUUUACAAAAUUUACAAAAAUUUGCACAAAUAUUUCCUAAACCAUAACACUAUACUUUUCAUUAGCUGCAGAACAGCCUUCUGCAGCUAAGCAAGAUCCACCCCUUUUCAUCCAGCACUUGCUUCAUUGUGGGCAUCGUCCAAUCAAAUACUUUUCAUAGAGAAGCACUGAGUACAAAUGCCGAUUCCAAAGCUUCUCAUAAGAAAGGGUUGCUUUAUUGAGAUUUAAAUAUUUUUACAAAUCACCUGCGGAGGAGGCUCAUUUUUUCAAGUAAGUCACUCGGACUAUAAUCGUUCUCUUUACCCAAACUUAGCACCUGUCACUAUGCAGUCAGGCAAGUAGCUUUUCUCUCAAUAUUUAACAAUUGAGUUGUCCGUUGGUUUGCCAGAUUGUGAAAUAUGAUUAAUCUCCCAGCUUUUAUAAAGUACACUACUAGAUGCGCUUUACCACAUGCCAAACAUUGUGUCUAGUGGUAAAUGGCCAUGAAAACACAUUUUAAACUUUCAGUUUGCCAUUUCAAUAGCCACACAGUAGCUUCAGAAUAUUCCAGUGCUGAAUAAUAGCUUAUAUAUUAAGUAUUCAAAUACCAAUAAUUUACAAAAUGCCUUUGAACUAUGAUUUAUUUUGUUUAGCUAUAUUUUUAGACACUGUGUUCUGCUCUUAGCAUUAUAAUAUUAUUAUAUUUAUUUUCUUUAAUGAUAGGCACAAGAGUAAAAAGAAUUCCAUAGCCUCAGCAAUGUAAAACACAGGAUAACAACACCUCAGCCAAUCAACGGCAGCUGGUUUAAAAAUUAUUUUUAAAUGUAAUAGUAUUGCAGAGCCCCCUUUUGUCUAUUAUCUGUGACGAUAGUAAGUGAUAUUAAUAAACAAACACGGGGGUUAUGUAUAAAAGAUAAUUCUGGGUUCUAAAAAAGUUCUAAAAGUGGAGUAGUCGCCAUUGAAUGAAAUUGAACGUUGGCUGCUUCAAAUGUAGGACUUAGCCUCAGUAUUACCCUUUUGUAUAACCUCCAUGGGGUCUCUUUCUGUAAUAUGGAUAUUAUAUAAGUAAAUGUCUUUCAUAUUACUUCAUGCUCAUUUAAUUGUUGAGUUUUUCUUUUUUUCUUUUUAACAAAUUUUUAGAUAGGUUUCCAUAAAAGUACCAACAUAUACGAAAACUGUCGAGAGAACCCCAAAAUUAUAGGUAAGAUUGAUUUUUUCUUUAUAGAACGUAUUAUUUAUUUAUGUUUGGGGCUGAAACAAUUCACAAUAUUUGUUUUCUUCAUAGUAAUAUUAAUGCCUUGUUUUGGAUCAUAUACGUUCCAGAAAUGGUCUUCAAGACAGUUACUGGUGGCAAUAGCACACAUACGUCUGUAUCACUAUAUUCGUUGAGUACUGACAGUAACUCCACAUUAGCAACAUAGGCCCCAGUCCCGAAAAACACUUGUAUUCCAGUUCUACAGUAUUGAAAGCAAUCAAGUAAAUUAGGUCUGAGGUUCGAAAAUACAUCAUUUAUUGCCGGUCUCCAUACAAAACACAUCAGUUGGUGGUGGUCCAGACAAUUUCAAGUGUUUAUGUAGACUGCAGAACAAGAGCUCUGGUUUCAGUGUGCAUGAGCCCAGUGGUUUCACUAAACUGAAAGUGCGUUCUUUUAUAUGAUUACUUUGGCGACAGUUGAUGUAAAUACCAUAAUUAUUCCUACCCAACCUUAAUACUCCUUUUAUUUGCUAAUGAUUUGUGAACUUUGGUUGGCAUUAUUUGUGUUUUUUUAUUUUCUAAAAUCACACAGGAGAUAGGUUGCAAUUAGACAACACAGUCACAUAAAGAAUAGUAUGCUAAGUGUCCAGCCAUAGCCACUGCUUCUGGUCUUCCCUUUUAAGAGAAUCCAGUUAGCUAUAAGCUAAGAAGGUCCAUGCAGUACAGUGGAAUAUGUUUUAUUUUUGUUAUCAAAUAUGAAGAGGUGUAUUUAGUGUUUGUUUUGCUCAUUCAUAUUGUUAAGUUUUAUACAUUUUGGUGUAUUUAUUAAAACUCUAACCACAAUAACAAUGGGUGUCUUCCUACCUUCUGGUAAUGGUUUAGGGGCUGCAGCAUUUCAUCAUCGAUUGUAUGCUGUUGCCCAGCAGCCUAUAGAUUAGGGAAGUGAGCAUAGGCGUGCGCAGCCUAUUGCAAUAGGGAGUGCACCCUAAAGCACAAACACACACCAUGUGUAUAUGUAUAUGUAUGUGUGUAUGUGUAUAUAUAUAUAUAUAUAUAUAUAUAUAUAUACAUACACACUGCUGUGUGAGGGUGCCGGUAGUGUGCUAUGUGGGUGAGGGUGUUUUUGUGUGUUUGUGAGAGUGCUGUUUGUGUGCUGUGUGUGAGGGAACUGGUAGUGUGCUGUGUGUGUGUGAGAGGGUGUUUGUGUGUGCGUGUUUGUUCGGGUCCUGUUAGUGUGCUGUUUGUGUGUUGUGUGUUUGUCAGGGUGCUGUUUGUGUGUGAGUGUGCUGUUUGUGUGUUUGUGAGGAUACUGUUAGUGUGCUGGGUGUGUGUGGGGGCUGUAUGUGAGUGGGGGCUGUGUGUGUGUGUGUGCUGUAUGUUUGGGUGGAGGUGGGGGCAGAUUAGUUAUUAUCCCAGUCCUGCUGCCUUCCCUGGUGGUUCAGUGGAGAGUGAACUCUAGCCCGGGUUCUCUGCUGCCUCCCUCCAUGCUGCUGUGGACCGGUGAGGUAGAACUUUGAUCUCCCCACCGGCCCAUGGAGGCUUAGACCAGAGCCGCCGCUCGGAUAGCGUCGUCGUGCCGCGGGGAUUAGGGUGUGCCCAUGCACACCCGACACACCCCGUGCGCACGCCUAUGGAAGUGAGGGAUGGGGGAGACAGCCUACAUGAAGAGUCAGCAAGGAGCAGGAAGGUAAAGUAAGAAAAGGAGAAGGAACAGAAAUGAGCAGGAAGGGACAUCAAGGAGCAGAAAGGGGCAGCAAGGAGAUGGAAGGGACAGCAAGGAGCACAAAAGGUAAAGUAGGAGAAGGAGCACAAAGGAACAGAAAUGAACAGGAAGGGUCAGCAAGGAGCUGGAAGGUAAAGCAGCACAAAGGUAAAGCAGAAGGAGCAGAAAGGGUCAGAAAUGAGCUGGAAGGGGCAGAAGGAGCACAAACGUAAAAUAGGAGAAUGAGCAGGAAGGGCCUGCAAAGAGCAGGAAGGAGCACAAAGUUAAAGGAGCAGAAAGAAUCAGAAGGAGCACAAAGGUAAAGUAGGAGAAGGAGCACAAAGGGACAGCAAGGAGCACAAAGAUAAAGUAGAAAAGGGAGCAGAAAGGGUCUGCAAGGAGCAGAAAGGGAUCAGAAUGAGAAAGGAGCAGAAGGGUGCAAAAUAAGCAGAAAGUAGCAGAAAGGUAAAAUAGCAGAAGGGGCCAAGGAUAGAAAACAGUGUCAGAAGAUAAAAAAAGACUGUCAAAUGAAGGAGAGGAAAAGGAGAUUGGAGCAGGAAGGACAAAUGAAGUGAACCCUCCACUUUAUUCUGGACACCACAUCAUAAGGCUUUGGUACCUGGGCCAGGCAGGGAAACGCUGGACCUUCUCAUCUCCAAAGGUAAAAAAAUAUCAGUAUUAAUGUGUUCACUUUUAUUUACUGAGUGUCAGGAAGCACAGAGUGCCGUUGGGUAGGGGUGUUGCUGAUUGGCUAGAGCGGUCAGCUGGCACUCUAAGCCAAUCAGUAGCUCCCCAUUCAUAAAAAAGUAAAAAUAUUUUAUGAACCGGGAACUAGCGAUUGGCUUAGAGCGUCAACUGUCCACUCUAGCCAAUCAGCGGCACCCAUGCCUGACGUCAAUCUGCACUUCCUGACACUCUGUUUCAGAAGCCAAAUACCACUGAGCGACCUGGAGCUGGAGGAAGCCUUUGGGGUUAAACCAUUUGAGAGUGAUUUAACCCCUUAAAGGAAAGCGAGCACCCAGGGGCUUCCUGGCAUCAUAGCAUUUUCAUUUAGGUGAAGUUGUUAUGGUGACCAGAAUGGUCCUUUAAUUUGCUUAAAGGAACACUAUAGUGUCAGGAAUACAAACAUAUAUUCCUGACACCAUAGUUGUGAAAACGCUAUUCACCCUGGCUUUAUGUGAUAAUGGCUAUGCCCCUUCCCUUUCACGACACUGUCAAAAAGGUACCAAGCAUGGAUGUCAUUACAAUUAUGCCCCCCCCUGGAAAAAUUCCUGUGGACGCCCAUGCCAGUAUGUCACUAAAAGCAAGAGUAACUUUAAAUGUUCUAUACAUUAUACUAAUAAAUAUAUUUUCCACAGGUCACUCAAACCAGAAUACAUUAAACAUUCCUGCUGGUAAGGAAGAACUGUUUGAUGAUCCAAGUUAUAUAAACACGGCAUCAAAAAUAGAAACUUUUGAUAAAAAUCAGACUUUUGGAAAACACAACCCAACAUCCGGUAAGAAAAGAAAUAUUUUGCUGUUUAUAAAACCAUUUAUUAUGAUCUAUGUUGUACUAAAAUAAAAAUAUACUUAUGAAAAAUGCCUUUUUAUUUAUUCUAAAUAUAAUGAUUGGGUAAUACAGUUUUAGGACAGCACCUAAACGGUAAUGGUUGGAUUUCGGCUCAGAAUAUCUAAUUCCAUUUUAUGUUAAGGGUGCUAUUUCCAUUUUACAUUUGAGAUAUGGGGCUGUGCAAGCCACCAGAGUCAAUUAAAGGUGCAACCAUGGUUGUGAUGGUUGCGAAACCGCUUUAUAAAAUUGUGACAUGAUGCAAUAGUUUGCUUUAAGUGUCAAAGUGGCUUACCUGUGGUUCUAACUGAACUUACAUGUUCGUCAACAUAAAUUACAUAUUUAGUGACAUUCAUUAAUGAUUUGGGUCCCUUGGGAUAUAGUGUGUUAUUUUCCAAAUUCCUACUCUUACAUCAGCAUAUCACAGCAGAUCAAGAGUAAUUUUACCAACCUUUAUUUAUCAGCAUUGAUCAUCAAAACAGCUUCUUGUUCUGCCUAUUUUAAACUCACAGGAAUUGAAUAUAUAAUGCUGUAGAACAUGUAACAAUUAAUCUUUUGCUUGAUCAGAGAUUCCCUACACCCAACUAUUACAGAGCCUUUAUUGCAUGUAACCGGUUAACCUGAACAAGUCUUUCCAUUCUUAUCUGACCCAUCUCAUUUACAAGGUAUUUUUACUCACAGUACAGUCGCUCACAUGAUGUUUUUUGUUUUGCUUAUCAUCCUCCACAAACUGUAGACAAAAACUACAAUGUGACAUUGACGCUCCUAUUCACGAAAAGAUGGUAGAACAAAUUAUUGAUCAUAUUGAGAUUUCUCGCCGGGAUCCGAAUUGCAAACAAUUGGAAAUACUAAAUUUAGAAAAAACAUGGCUGGAAAUGUACCAUUUCUCAAUGUUACACUGUUUUUGUGGGCGAACUAGGCGUAAAACAACUUCAUAUGUGUUUUGGCUGUGGUGUUUAUAGUGUCGAAGUGGCAUAAAUUAAUAUUGGCUUUAAAGGAGAUAACUCGUAAUAUUUUUGUCUUGUUUGAAAUGUCUGAGCUCUCAUGCAGGAGUUUACGUUUUCAUUCCCAUAAGAUUCCUACAGUACUUUUUUUUUUUUUAAAACAAUAGCUUCCAGAUUUAGCUCAUGGCAUUGCCAUGUUGUUUCUGGCUACUUCUUUUACUCAAUAGAAUAAAUAAUUUGCACGUUUUUUUCAGGAGAGUUAACACCUAUAGUUUUGUGCAUGGGUAUUUUAUUUGAGAUUUUUAUAUAAAUUUGUCUGAAUUAACUAAUUCCAAUUUUCCUCUUUUUACAUUAUUACAAAAAAAUCUUUUGAUGUUUUCUUGGAAAAUGUUUUUUUGUCAGUCUUUAUUUAAUUGUGCAAAUUAUGACGAAAGCGAGUUUGUUGCGCCACGACAGCAGUACAAACCCAAAUUAUAACAUACAUGAGAUAAUAAUGUCAUGGUAUGCAGAUUGCUUGCACAUUUUUAGUGAAAGUAAAUGAAUACAUGCUUGUCAGGUACGUCUAUAGUAAAGAAGCAGAAACCAGCUAACUAUCUUGCGAGAGGGUCUAGCUUUAUGUUACCAAAUGCAAAACUAAAACUUAAAAAAUAUUUGAGUGGCACGUUUAGUCGGAAUAACGUAUUUCCUCUCUGACCUAUAUGCUAUUCUAGGUAAAAUGUGCCUUGGUAACUGACAGUUAGAUUAAAUAGUAAGGUUUACUAACUAAACUGUAGUUUCAGGAUUUUAAAAAGAUGUAGGGGUAAAGGUUAAAUCUGAAUGGAGUUAUAUAGCCAGUAAAGUGGAGCCUUGGGUGCCACUACUGUUAAUGGCAUGCUAAGAAUGAGUGAGUUAAAUGAACACAUAGUAAAAGCAGGAACAUACAAUCAUAAUUAGUUAAGUGAACUGGCUUAUUACCACCUUAGGACACACAUGCUGCGCACAGGUACAGGCAGAGCUAAACCAACAUAUUUACUCCCAGUUAGCAUGUAGAGUUCGUUGAAAGUGUCCGCUUGUGUGGGUUAUGGGAUGCUCAGCAGGAGCGGUGAGUGUCCCUGGGUGUCAGUCCGGGUGUGAUGGUUGCUCACUUGCUUGGGCGCAGUACGUGGGCCUAUUUGACAGCCGACUCCCACGCGUGGCAUUGUGGAGGCUGGUGCUUCAGGGGCCCAGAGGUGACAGGUGGGUAACGAGAAUGGUGGGGCCUCUUCCUGGCCUUGUGUGGGGUCUGCAGCGGUGUGCCACAAACUCGGAUGCUCUUGGAGGCCGAGUUUUUCCCUGAGUGGGCAUCAUAGCCCCGGUGUUCUGCCGCCGCCAGCGGUGGUCGGGUUUCCGGCGGUGUGGUCGAUGCUGCGGAGGUAAUCUCCUUGUGACCAUUGUCCCGGGUGGGUAGUCAGUGCUCUUUGCUGGGAGAGGAGGGCAUGCGUUACCCGGGACAGGCCUACUCUGUCUCUGCCUCCCCACCCUCCGUGUUGUACCCCGGUGUGCCGAGGGGGGGAUUGCAAGGAGUUGUUCCAGUUUGUCCCAGAAAUGCUGGAAUAUCACGUCCAAGUUUGUGGGUUGUGGUUGCGUGGGAUCAGGCUUUGUUAUGUGCGUUGCGUCCGCCAUGUUGCUGGGCCCGGUGCGUCCGGAGCCCAAGCUUGGAUGGGCAGCUGCAGCCCAUAUGGUUGCAUGAGUCGGAUUGGUGGGGACCGGGAUAACCCCCGCCGGUCCGUAGGGGGGGGGGAAUGGUGGCUCAAGCUUUGCUUUGCAGUGUGUUGGGGCGGCGGGAGAGCGGCCGUUUCUCCCAAAACUGCCAUGCUUGUAGGCCGCAACAUCCGAGUGGUCUGUACCGGUGCCUCAUUCCACUUGUGUGGUAUCAUCCUGCUAGUCUCCUGACAUUUGAUAGCGACUGUAAGUCGAGUCACAGCCCCUGUUCGUCGAGAAUCGGCACCAUAGGAGGAUAGACACGGGAGCAGCAGCAACAUGUGACUGUUCCGCUCUGCAGUCAGGCCCCGCCCCCUUACUCGUAAUAUUAUCCAUUUGGAAACUCAUUUGAAAUUAUUAUACAGAUGAUACUUUACUCCAUCUAAAUUAUACAGACUAAAUCUUUACAAAUCUAAAUUGUGUUGGAGAGGAUGUGACCAAAUGGGUACCCUGUUUUACAUUUUCUGGACAUGUCCAAAAAUUCAAAAUGAUAAACAUUUUAGAAUUAUCUCCAUCACAGAAUUUCCAUUUGAGUUAACCCCCAGUAGGUGUCUCCUUAAACAUUUCCCGGAUGAUCUAGCAUAUCAUAAACAUGUUAUGUAGCCUGAUAUUAGGAUUCAGGAUGCUAACCCUCAAUUUUCCUGCCGAGAUAAGCCUGAUUUUAGGAUUCAACAUGCUAACACUAAAGUUGAAUCGGAGCCAUAGCAACAAAUUUGUCAGUUACACUCUAUUGAGAUUACUACAACUCAUACCCACCCACAAUGUUUGUACUUCAUAGCUCUCUCAUGUUCUGUCUCGCUACUGAAAGCUCUUCCAAAAACCCACACCUAUAUCGAACCCUUAACCCAGGCUUCCCCAAAUGCCAGCCCUCCAGAUGUUGCUGAACUACAACUCCCAUGAUUCUCAGCCUAUUUAAUUCAUAGAAUCAUAAGAGUUGUAGUUCAGCAACACCUGGAGGGCCCGAGUUUGGGGAAGCCUGCCUUAACCAAAACAUUUUCUAUGAAUCAAAUUAUAACACAAAGUGUUUGAAUUAAUUCAAAGUAUUAACCUCAUAUUUGCAGCAUUAAACCUGAACCCACUUUAUUAAAAGCCCGCAUCAACAGCAAUUCCCCACACUGUGCAUUGUACUUAAACAUGGUGCAUGAAAGUGGCUUUGUCACAUAGUAUACAACUUAAGGCAUUAUUUCUAUAUUCAAUAUUACAGGGUACAUGGAGCUACUAAUGAAAGGAUGCCAAAAAUCAGACUUGGGGCUUUCCAGGACACCAUUUGGGGCUACAGCCCCCCAACAAUACGCCAGUGCUCUGUCUUACAUAUCAUUACAAAGUCCUGUUGAAAUACUAGAUCAUUGUUUGUAAAUAUAUGCAUGAGAAAUUAUUUAGAUUUUUUUUUUUUUUACAUAUACUUGCCCUUUGAAAAGAGACAUACCAGUAAAUUCUCAGAAAAUCUCAAUGAAUGUGCAGCAUGCUGUCAAAACAGCAAAUAUCCUGAAUAAUAUUUAAAAUAUAUGCCAGGUUAGACUUAUGUAAGCUUAUUCACAAUGGUGAGAAAUCAUGGUGCAUGUAUAGUAAAUUUCAAAUGUAAAGGAUCACUAUAGCAUUAGGAAUACAAAUGUGAAUUCAUAACACUAGGUCUUUUUACUUAUCUUUUCUCUGGUUGAGAUCAUCGAGAUCAAUGAUCUCAGUCAAUCCAAUGCUUUCCCACAGGAAGGCAUUGUGAGACUAGUCCGCGUGGGUGGCAAAACGCCACGCUGUACGAAUAAGAUGGUCUCUCUCACUCUGUUAUUUCCUCGAAAGAAACUAUAGUGACAGUCACUAUAGGCACUUAAACCCUGCAAUGAAGCAUUGCUAUUCAGCAAAACAGCAAAGUUUUUAGUGACAUGAUUAAAAUGGGGUGAGGGUGGGGGACACCCAUUCCACAUAAUUGAGAUGAAGUGGUCUGGGUGUCUAUACUGUCUCUUUGAGGUCAAAAUAGCCAAACUAAAAACAAUCUCUAAAUCAGCUAUGCUUUGCAUUAUCAUUUUUGUGAAUGAUUCUGAUGCAUUUCAUCCUUCAUAAAAAAGAAAAAAUAAAUAUUAAAUGAAUGACUACUAUUACCCUAUCAUUGUGCAAAGUGUUACACAGUAAAUUUAAAAAAAUGCAUUGUAGAGCAGAAAAAUGUAAAAUACAAUUUAAAAUUUAUUUUUUUGUAGAAAUCCUGAAAAGAAAAACGGUUAUUGUUAAAGUAAAUUUGCAAUAAAUACUUAUCUAAUAUUAUACGAAAGACUGAGAUAAAAAGAGGAAAACAUGUUAUUAUAUUUUGAUAUAUUUAAAUAAUUGAUUAUAAAACAAUUAUUUUAAAAAAAUGUGGGGCAGAAAUGAAAAUAAGAGGCAUAUUAAUUAUUAUUGACAAUCUGGCCUACUGCACAACAUCCAAGUGCUCCGCCAGGCUCUGAAGAAAAUUGGAUGUAGAGCUGAGCUGCCAUCUACGGACUGAUUUUAUUAUGACAAUAUGUAUUUGUCAAGAUUCCAAGUAUUGUAAACAAAUUGCAUUUUUAAAAUAAUUUAUUUGCAUGAUAAAAAAUGUGUAAAAAGAGGUUUCUAAAGUAUAAAUUGUUGAAUAAAGCCAUACACGUGCCUUUUUUAUCUCAGAGGUUCCAGAAGCCAGGAAACAGUGCCAAGGAAACAAAAGGUUUCUGUGCGCUUCCACACAAAGAGAGGAUUGGUACCAUGGAAAAAUGAGCCGAAAGAUUGCAGAAAACCUGCUAAUUAACGAUGGAGAUUUUCUAGUUCGGGAAAGUACAACAUCUGCUUGCCAGUAUGUUCUAAGUGGACUCCAUGGAGGACAACACAAACAUCUGCUUCUGGUGGACCCAGAGGGAAAGGUAUAAGUAAUAUAACCCUAGCACUAAAAUAAAGAUGUAUAUUAACUAAACACCAUGUGUAAGUGAACUAAAAUUUGAACUGAAAAAUUUAGGCUUAAUGAAAUACACCAAGGUCCAUAACCACUUCAGUGAGUACAAACCACUACAGACAAACACACAUAUACAGACAUAUACACUAACACACACAUGCACAAAUAUAUGCACUGAUGCACGUUAACACUGACACACAUGCACAGGUACACUGACACACACAAACACACAGAUGCAUACACUGACACACAGGCACAGAUACACUGACACAUGCACAGAUACACUGACACACAAAUACUGACAUGCAUGCACAGAUAUAUGUACACAGACACACGCACAGAUAUACUGAUAGAAAAAAAUACUGACGCAUAUGCACAGAUGCAUACACUGACGCACACAAACACUAAUACACAUGCACAGAUAUAUACACUGACAAACAUGGAAGUGUGGAGACCGACACAGGAGCAGCAGCAGGCUUGUAAGAAAAAUAAGCUGCCUGCUGCUGCCCUGCUUGCUGCUACCAUUCCCAAUGGGCUCCCUGACAGAACUUCAAUUGGGACCUUUGCGACCCUGGUAGUUUGGCCACUGCCCAGCAGUGCCUAGAUUAGCUAAAGGCUUGAGAGAGACCACUCAUUUAGCCAGAAUUUUCCCAAAUCAGUUUUUAGUUCACUACAACCCUAAAAAGUGUUUUUUUUUUGUUUUUUUUAACUUUUAUAAAUUCAAAAUAUACAUUUGGGAAUAUCUGCAUACAUGGAUAUAUUUCCCAAAAGACACACUCUCAGAGGUGAAGCUUAUAUACUGAUCUAUGCUUGUGAGAUGAAUACUAUAGAAAAAGGCAAGUUAAAUCUGCAAGAGGCUUCUUUAGUUCUGCAUUCAGUUACAGUUUGGACAUCAUUUGGCUGAGCCUCAAAAUCCCUUGUGGUCAUGCACAGGGCUCUAAGUAGUGUUUACCAAUGUCAUUAGCCAUCAGAGAUAUAUUAGAGGCAGUGUCGGGACUAUUCACAGAGUUAAAACCAAAACUACCAGGAUAAUUCACUAAAUUUAAAAUGUCAAAAUAGCCAAAAUGGAAAAAUUAAAUUCGGCUACUCUGGUUUUACUUAGUAAGUAACGCUGUGUACAUGUUAGUGUGCACAUAUCUCCCUACCACAGUGCCCAGUCACCCUCCCAUUUUAAUCAAAACAGACCAUAAAAAUAUAUAAAAACACUCAAGGGCUCCCAAAGCAAAGCAGACAGAAGGCACAAAGGGCUGGGAUCUGGGCUACAAAAUUGGUAAAUAGAAGGACUGGGCCUAAUGGUGAGUGGUGAUGGAAGAAUGUAUUUAAUUAUUUAGUAGAAAAUAGUUGACUGUUGACUUAAUUACAUCCAAUUUAUUAAAAGCUGUUUUUUGUUUUGUUUUAGGUAAGGACCAAAGACCAUAUAUUUGAAAAUGUCAGCCAUCUAAUUAAAUAUCAUGUGGAAAAUAAACUGCCAAUAAUUUCAUCUGGAAGUGAACUUUGCCUCAGGCACCCGGUGACCAUGAAGGACGUCUGUACUUUAAAGGACUGA